UUCUUCUUUUUUUUUUUUUUUUGGUUGUUAUUAAGACUAAAUAAUUGGACCCUCCUUUGGAUUUAUGCAUGGGGUUUUGUUUUGUUAGCUUGUGUGAGAAAGCAAUUUCACCUUAACAGGGUGCUUCAUAUAUUUGCCUAGGAUGGUUGAAAUAGUCUUCCUUGAAUGAAAUCCUAUCUCCUGUGUACUUGCACCAAACAACCUUUCCUUGGUUUACUGUUGUUGGUGUAUAGUAGAACUGUAAAAAUGCGUGGCUUUUAAUGGGGUUGUAGAUACUCGUUGCUCAUCUUGACUUGAAUGAUUAAUGGUUAAUAUUGCUUUAUUAAUGAGAAUAUAACAGAAGAGUAUUUUCAUGUUGGAGUCAGGAAGAGAAUCACGCUGAGUUAGACACUUAUCAAAUCAAUCGUAGAGGCUGCCAUGGUGGCUCAUGCCUAUAAUCCCAGCACUUUGGGAGGCUGAGACAGGAGGAUUGCUUGAGACCAGGAGUUUGAGGCCAGCCUGGGCAACAUGGUGAGACCCUGUCUCUAUAAAAACAAAAAAAAACCUCCUGCAAAUCCCUUACUGAAAUCACCUUGGGUAAGUCAUGUAGUCUCUUUGGACCUUAGAUUCAUCAUUAUAAAACGAAGGAUUUGGGCUUGAUGUGUGCCAAGGGCCUUUUCAGAUCCCGAGUGGUAAUUAGUUAACUCCUAGAAUUACGACUCCUUAAACCUUUAGGGUUUUUUUUUCUUAUACUUAAAAAAAUAACUUUAUAUCUAGUGAUCCUAUAUAAAUAAGUCUUUACUAAUUAGGAUAUGUUUAACUUUAUUCAUUUUGUCAAAGAUAAAGCUGCAUACUAGCUUAAAUUCUAAGGACAGAUUUUCGUCAGUAAUACACUUCUGCAACAGGGAAGAGAGUCUGGUAUGAACUGAAGUCAACUUCAAUUUGCAGAGAUGACUGGGAGUUUUAAAGCGAGAAUGGCAGGGGAUUCGUCAGGGCAGAUAAACGGGAUCUGUAGAGUCAAGGAAAUGAAAAAUUUAAAAAGAUUGGUAAAAUAUGCUGAUUAGGCCAGCUGUGCCUGUUAGCUGGCACUGUGACUGGGGAAUAGAGACCCUGUUUUUCCUGAUGGUUACAUUUUUAAAGAAAUGGCUUUCAAGUCCUUGAAAAAGACACUCCUAAGUUGUAGGAGUUCGGCUCAGAGGGACAGAGGAAGGAUUCACAGUUGUAAGCCCUUUAUGGUAAAGAGGUUGGUCAGGACCUAUCUUCAUAUGUUGGCUAGAACAAACAGUAGAUUCUUUGGCAGCCUUGAGCUUUAAGAGGCAGACACUUUAAGAGAGGCUAGGGUCAUCCUAAGGAGGUAACCUUGAGCUGUUAGAAAUAUUAGUGUUUAAGUCUUUUAAUGUGAAAGGACAGAGUAGACCGAAUCAUUUGUUUGGAGAGUUCCUAGUUUUUAAAGGCCCAGGUUGAGGCCUGGUCCAAAGAGGGCUCAGAGGAGCCUGGGUACAUUUUUAUCAAAGAGAUUUUUGUUGUUGUUAAUUUUAAUCUUCUAUUCAUUAUGCUAUUUGGGCAAGGAAGUAAUCAUAGUGUAAGCUCUAGACCUUUACAUUUGUACCUAAACUAGGGGAUAGGUGGGAAGGAAUGGGGAGAAUUGGGGAAGCUGACAGGUUUUAUAUGUUCAAAAUUUGGAAUUUGUCAAAUAGUUUUGGUUUUUAAAAGAAAAGAAAUAUUGAUGGAUUUUUACACAGUUUUUGACAAUAUUUAUGCCAUGUUAAAGGACUGUAUAUACAGGCCAGGCACAGUGGCUCAUGCCUGUAGUCCCAGCACUUUGGGAGGCUGAGGUGGGUGGAUCACGAGGUCAGGAGAUCAAGACCAUCUGGCCAACAAGGUGAAACCCCAUCUAUACUAAAAAUAUAAAAAUUAGCUGGGUGUGGUGGCGUGUGCCUGUAAUCGCAGCUACUUGGGAGACUGAGGCAUGAGAAUUGUUUGAACCUAGGAGGCAGAGGUUGCAGUGAGUCUUACUACUACCUGGGUGACAGAGCAAGACUCCUGCUCUUAAAAAAAGAAAAAAAAAAAAAAAAAAAAAAGGACUGUAUUCUGCACCUUACCUUAUGUAUCUACAAUUGCAGAUGUAAAGAAAUGCUUUCUCACUGAUGAAAGGUUACCUUUAAAGAUGAAAGUGGCAGUGAGACACAAUUUAUACAGGUUGAGAACCCCAAAUCCCAAAUCUGAGAUGCUCCAAGGUGUAAAUGUUCCAAAAUCUGAGAAAAACAAAUUUCAAACACUUAUGCUCUCAAGCAUUUUGAAUAAGGUGUACUCAACCUGUAUUAGAUUAUAUAUCUGUCCCCACAUGGAGACCCCAUUGUAAAUCGUGCUUUAUUGGCAUGGUUUUGGGAGAAGGCCAGACACCUGUGAAUAAGGUGGUUCACAUCAUAUACUUACAAGGAACUGUCUUAUGCCCUUAACUGUGAAGGUAGAAUUUAGCCAUGGUCUUUGUGUUUCUUUGGACUUGUGACGGUUUUACUUUCUGUGAUUAUAAUUAUCUGUCUCUGGAGAUCUGUGUCUAUUUACUUUUUUUUUUUUUUUUUUUGAGACGGAGUCUUGCUGUGUCACCAGGCUGGAGUGCAGUGGCGCAAUCUUGGCUCACUGCAACCUUGGCCUCCCUGGGUUCAAGCGAUUCUUCCGCCUCAGCCUCCUGAGUAGCUGGGACCACAGGUGUGUGCCACCACGCCUGGCUAUUUUUUGGUAUUUUUAGUAGAGAUGGGGUUUCACCGUGUUGGCCAGGAUGGUCUUGAACUCUUGACCUUGUGAUCCGCCCGCCUCGGCCUCCCAAAGUGCUGGGAUUACAGGUGUGAGCCACCGCACCUGGCCUACUUAUUUUUUAUACAGCUUUGCCACUUUUGCUUUAAAAAUUAUUAGGAGGACAUUUUCAAGUAUCUGAAGAAAAUAUUUUCUUCUUUCCUCAACAUUUUUACCCACACACUACUGCUCUCUCCAGUUGCAGUUGCAUGGAAUGACUAGUUAACAUCCUGCCUGCUGAAAUAGAGUUUUGUGUUCCUUUAGAAAUUCAAAAGAAAAGACAUCAUUGAACUUCAAAAUACAUUUUCGGAUGUCAUCUCAGUAUGAACAUAAGGAGAGUAUAGUGAAUGCAGUUUUACAGAAGAGGCAUGAGUGUGACAAGACAACAUCAAGAUUACUUUGGCUAAAGCCACUGUGAUCUUCAAAGACUCUUUAUGUUGUAAAAUGUACAGUAUACUUUAAAAGAUGGAAAAAUCACUUUUUAAAUAGUUAUUGUUUGCCACUAGGUUAAAUUUUUUUUUUCAAGAUUCCUUUUCAAAAUAAAUCUGUGUGGUGACAGACUGAGUUUGUUAUAACUUGUUUACAUAAAAUUGAAUGAAAUGGGAAAAAAGUCUUUAAAAUCUUACGUAGAGAAUGUGUUGUAGAUUAGGAACUAGAGGUGUGUGUUUAAGGUUUACUUGGUUUUGCUGCUGAUGAAAUAUUCUGCUAAGUGGUGAGCACACACCUGCCCCAAUAAGCAUCAUUACUUCAGAUAUUCUCCUUUAUAAAAUAUUCUUGGUAUAUUUGGAUUUAGAGGAAAGGAAUGAGAAGGGAAGAGAAGUGAGUAUAUGCGGAAUAAGAAGUGCUAAAACUCAUUGAAAUGUUAGUUGCUGGUCAACUCUAUACCAAAUAAUACUGAUUCUGUGUAUGUGUAUAUUGUUAGAAUGAGAACUGUUUGUAUCAGACCUUUGCAUGUAUGUAGAAGAGGCCCCAACCGGGCUGGACUUGCUAAAGACUCGAAGUUCAACCAAAAUUCCUCUCUUUGAAAUGAGAGAGAGGUGUUGUUUUGUUUUGUUUUGUUUUUCACAUUUCGACAACUGUCUUAUUGUUAAUCUUGGUUUGGCCUCUAUUACCUUUAAAGGCCGAAAUAAUUUAAGACUGUUUAAGACUCGCACUCUCUCUCACUGUCUCUUGCUCCUGGUGCACGCUGCAUGAGCACACGCACUCCCUCCCCCACCCCACUUCUCUUUUUUUUUUUUUGAGUUGGAGUAUGGCUCUAUAGCCCAGGCUGGAGUGCAGUGGUGUGAUCUCAGCUCAGUGCAGCCUUUGCCUCCCGGGUUCAAGCGAUUCUAAAGGAGUUUCUUUACAAAGAUAUAGUAUGCUUCUUUCUCAGUUUUAAGAGAAAGACUUUGACCUAGAGUAGAAACCUUUAUCAUCCAGUAUUUUCUAUGCCAGGAUCACUAGGACACUUACAGUAAGGAUUCUGGAGAAGCACCAGGAAGUGAUUGACUCAAGUAUUAGGAUUUGAGGCAAAAUGGACUUAAAAUGCUCAUCUAGAUUUUCUUUAUCUGAGGGCAUUUAGUCUAUUAAAAAAGGUUGGACACGGUGGCUCAUACCUGUAAUCCCAGCACUUCAGGAGGGUGGAUCAUUUGAAGUCAGGAGUUUGAGACCAGCCUAACCAACAUGGUGAAACCCCAUCUCUACUAAAAAUAGAAAAAAAAUUAGCAGGGCAUGGUGCUGCAUGCCUGUAUUCCCAGCUACUCAGGAGACUGAGGCAGGAGAAUUGCUUUUACCUCGGGGGACGGAGGUUGCAGUGAACCCAGAGCAAGACUCUGUCUCAAAAAAAAAAAAAGGCAAGACUUAAUUUUAGCAUACUAUAUUUUCUCCAUUCCUGUAAGAAUUUCUAUUUGUUACUUUUCUACCUUCCCUGUCCCCCUUUCACACAUUCUGUAUUUUCUUUUCUCAAAUCACAAUUCAGUACAUUUGUUUGGAAACGUAGAUCUAUACCUCUCAAGUUUAAAACUAUUCUGUGAGUAGAGAAACCUGAAAUUCCUGGAGUUUGGGUAAGGAUUCUCCCACCUUUGAGUUGAUAAAUAAUUUUCCCAGUCAAGAGUGUUGAUUAUUUUUAUAUUAUUGCUGAAGAAAGGAUUUGCUUAAGAGCUUUGCAGUUUGAAGUUUUGGAGACUUUUUUUUUUUUUUUUUGAGAUGGAGUUUCGCUCUUGUUACCCAGUCUGGAGUGCAAUGGCGCAAUCUCUGCUCUUCGCAACCUCCGCCUCCUGGGUUCCCGGAAUUCUCCUGCCUCAGCCUCCUGAGUAGCUGGGAUUACAGGCAUGCGCCACCAUGCCCAGCUAAUUUUUUGUAUUUUUAGUAGAGAUGGGGUUUCACCAUGUUGACCAGUAUGGUCUCGAUCUGUUGACCUCGUGAUCCACCCACCUCGGCCUCCCAAAGUGCUGGGAUUACAGGCGUGAGCCACCGUGCCCGGCCAAAGUUUUGGAGACUUUCUAAACUAUUGAAAAGGAUGGUAUGUAAAUACCCUGGGACACGAGUUAUCAAUUGAUUUUACCACAAUUCUUUCCAAUUAUCAAAGCUGGUCUGAGGAUCUGUUUUGGCAUAAUUUUGGCUUUUCUUACCCCCUUGAUAAUAUUCUACCUGUCAUACUAUCCUUUCAUUAAAUAUUUUAAUAUUGUUUUAUAUAUUAUUUUACUUAAAAAAUAAAUAAAUAUAGAAAGUAAGAAAAUUAUGACAUAGUUAUGGCAAAUUGGUUGAAAUACUACUUUCUAAUGCAGUUUUUCAAACUGGGUAUUGUCACUCAGUAGGUAGACAAUUUAAUGGGUCAUGAUUAGCAUGUAAAAAAAUCUGAACAGAAUAGAAAAUAUCAGUGUAUUGCAAAUAGUAAAGUUAUUUUGUGAAACCUUUGACUUACAUUGAGUUAAUUGAAAACACAUGUAAUGGGUUGUGAUGUAAAUAUGAAUAGAUUACUGUUACGAUUUUAAGUUUGAAACCCAGUGAAUUGUAGAAGUAUAGCUUUGGAAAAUCUUGGGAUCUAAUCACUUUGUAAAAUAGGGAAUAUUUCAUUUGUGUCUUUAGGCAAGAGGUUAAUAGUUUCUUGUGAUCAGUUCUGAGUUGUCAACUAGUUGAGAAGUGAAGCUGAAACUAAACCCAGUAGACUACUACAGUGUUAAAAUACAUAUGAAAAGUCAGGCAUAGAAUCUAAUGAAUGUUCCUGCCUCUUACAAAGGAAUAUUUAGUACCUAAUUGAUGAUCUCUUGUUCUAUCAUAUUGAAGGGCAGCUAUCAUUAAAACAGUGCUUUUGACAGAAUGAUUUUGCUGACCUGCAUCUGUGGAUGGCAGAAGCAUCAAAGAGAAUGAUCACAAGUGGGGAAGGCAGAUUUAAAAAUAUCUGACUUCGUUAACUCCUAUACUAAUGUGACAUCAUCUCUAUGCCCCACAAACCCUUGGAAAUACUAGUUUUGGAGGAAGAGAGAAGUCUGGUGACUGGGAAAUAGUUAUAACCUAUUGAUCAUUGUAUACUUUAUAAGGCAGUGAUCAGAAGAUAUGUUUCAAGAAAUGGAAGGUUGUUUGAGUAGCACUGAUGACAGAUCAAGUGCUUAAGGCAAACUUAAUAUAUGUUACACAGUGUACAAAAUUCCCUUUGGUUUGGUGGACUUUUUGGUGUUCAUAUUUAAUUUUUAAUUAAUUGUAGACAUAUUUAAAUACCAAGACUAACUUUUAAGAAAUUUGCUAUUUUAUGUGAUUCACAUAUCAUGUACAAGUGUAUGGUUACAUGAAAUAAACCUGGAAGAUGACAUGUGAAUAAUUUUGGUAGUCUCAGGGUAAGAGUUAUUGGGGAGCUUUAAAUUUUAAUUUUGUCUGUGUUUUCAGAUUUAAGUAUUAAUGUAAUUGCACAAAUUACACAUUUUUAAAAAGUGAAGUGAAUUUAUACAAUCCAAAAGUGGUUAGUUUCUUUCUGGAAUGAGCAAAAUAAAAUUAGCUAUAGCCUGAAGCAUAGGGAAUCUAAAUGUUAACAUCCAAGGUGAGUGAUAUAACAAUGCUGGGCACAGGAUGAAAUGGUAGGUAAACCAGAAUGCUAAUGUUUUUCUUGAAAGCGACUUGAGUUUCAUUAUAGUUCUCAGAAGAGGAUAACAAAUUCUCAUUUCAUACCAAGUAAAUUAAAAUAUUUCCUUAUGAACUUGCAACUUAGUGGUUGGAGUUACACACUAGUCUCUUUCCAGCUUCCAUCUCCCGUUAGAAUGCAGAGUAAAAGUGAUCCGAUUCUAGUCACUUUUGAAAGCGAAGAGUUGUAGGUUACAGCCAAAUUUUGAGGCUGUACGGUGAGAGGAACAGAGUGAGUCUGACAGAUUUUAAGCUCUUUGUAUAUAUGUUUUAUUUUAGAAAUGUAGGAACUGUGCACAAAUAAUUUAGAAACAAAUUACCGAUUCCAAUGCAAAAAAUUUGGCAGAAUAGUGGAGAAUUUGUAAGCUUGUCAUACCUUGAUUUUUUAAAUUCACCUUUCCCCAAAAGAAAGCAACUGCUGCUCUUAGGACAAAGUGUUUGAAUAGAGUAUUCCUGCUUUUGUAAUCCGUUUGACUUGAUUGCUGUUGUAUACUCUUUGAUUUCUUCAAAGCCAAAAGCCCAAGAGGGAUUUCUCAAGUGUUAUACACACACAUUUUGGUCAUGUGUUUGUUAAAAAGGGACAGUUCAACUCAUCAGGCUCUCCUUAACCAUUGUGUGUCUGUUGGUAGGUAUCUGUUAAAUGGUUGGGUGUCUGAAAUUCAGAAUAUCCACAAACCCACCCAGAAGUGACAAAUGCUAAUGUUUUGCCUUUUUCUUUAUCACAUUAUAAAGGGUACUAAACUGUCACAGUUUUCUUUUACUCCUGUCAUCAUCUUCCCGUCUCGGAGACAAACACUCUCCUUAUCCUUGCAUUUAUACUUUUUAUUUUGAAUGGGCAUUUAUAGAAAUACUGUUAUGAUUCUGUUUUUAAAAUGUUCACAUGGUAUUUUGUGCUAGUCAAUCUACAACUUGUAUUCUUAUAAAUAAUGCUUUUAGAAACUAAUCAUGUUGACAUGUUGCUCUUGUUCAUUUUAACUAUAAUAUUCCAUUAUAACUAAUAUCUAGAGUUACCUAGAUCAAUCUCAGUUUAUGCAUUUUGUGCCAGUGAAAAUAUUAAUAGCACUUCUCUGUACCAAACUGGUACUCUUCUAAGUGUAUCAGUAUGUUUGAUGUGUUCAUUGGUCACCUUCAUUAUUAUAUGCCCUGAUUGACCUAGUCCCCUGUAGAUGGACAUUUGUUUUCAACUGCCAUUUUUAUUCCACAGUUGCAACGCUGUGUUUUUUUUUUUCCUCUCUCUCUUUUUUUCUAGCACUUACUUGAAUAUGUUAAAAGAGUGUUUAAACUGUUCUUUGUGGUGUAGCCUCCUUUACUAUCAAAUGCAAGCAAGACUCGGUUAGCGAUGCUGGACCAUGGCAGCCUUUUCUAAUCUCUUGGUCUAUAGCAGUGUGAUGUCUUACUAAUAAGCAUUCUUAAAUUGUGUGGUUAAUUAUUAUGCUAGUCAAGAUAGAUGAAGCAGUAUGUUGAAGUGAUGAUGAUGUUAUGGAAAAUAUAUUAGAAAUAAUUUUGCAUUUCUAAUGGGAAACAAAGUGCUCAGUGCUGUGAAAUAGCUGAGAGGUGACUUCUUUUUAGGCCUCAAGUGGAAAAAUUGUGACCAUAUGUUAGAGUAUUAUAGGCAAAGUGUUAUAGGCAAUUUAGUAGUUACUAGGUCUUUUAAGGUAAUUUAGUCUGUCGCUUGGCUUUAUUUCUUCCCACAUGUUGGUCUAAAGCUGUGGUCUCUUCGUGGUAUACAGGAUUAUCCAUUGUGGCAAAGAGAGAAAAUGUUAGAAUUCCUAUUUAUGUUUAUUUUUAUCCUGUAUACCUAAUCUCAUUGGUAUCUAUAUCAGUUUCCUAGGGUUGCCACAAAAUUGCUAUAUACUUGAUGGUUUAAAACAACUGAAGUUUAUUCUCUCACAGUUCUGGAGGCUAGAAGUCUGAAACCAAGGUAAUGGCAGGGUUGGUUUGUUCUAGAACUUUUGAGGGAGAAUUCAUUCCAUGCUGGUGCUUGUUUCUGGCUUGUCAGUAGUUCUUGGCAUUCCUUUACUUGUAGCAUAUCACUCUAGUCUGCCUUCAUCUUCACAUGGCCAUCUCCCCUGUGAGUCUCUGUCUUUCCCUCUUCUAUCUCUUCUAAGGACAAGUGUCAUUGACCUAGUCUUAUCCCGGAUUAUCUCAUCUAGAAAUCCUUAGUUACAUCUACAAAAGCUUUUUUUUUUUUUUUCCCAAAAAACAUCUCAUUUACAGAUUCUAGGUGGACAUAUUUUGGGAGGUGAGGGCACAGACAGGAUGCAUCAUUCAAACCACUACAAGAAUAUGUAACUACUUUUAAAACUGACAUGGAAGAGACGUGCACUAAAAUUUUGUUCUGAUGGUACACCUUUAUCAAAGAAGCUUGGAGACUUCUAGUUCAGAGAACUGUUUGGGUUGGAUAUACAGUUGGCCUUUUUUCAUGUAAUUAGAUGACCCUCUGUGACAUGAAAAGUAGUGUAAGAGUUAAGACCAGGCAAAGUGACUUAUACCUGUAAUCCCAGCACUUUGGGAGGCCGAGGCGGGCGAAUCACCAUGUCAGGAGUUCAAGACCAGCCUAGCCAACAUGGUAAAACUUCAUUUACUAAAAAUACAAAAAUUAGCUGGACGGGAUGAUGCGUGCCUGUAAUGUCAGCUACUCUGGAGGCUGAGGCAGGAGAAUCACUUAAACCUGGGAGGUGGAGGUUGCAGUGAGCUGGGAUCACACCACUGUACUCCAGCCUAGGCAACAGAGCAAGACUCCAUCUGGGGCGGGGGGAGGGGGGUUGUGGAGAGAGUUAAUUGCUAAUAUUCCCUAUGUUUCUUGUUCUCAGUAGGCUAAUGCACACACUACUGUAUCAGAAUGACCAGGAUUUGGUUUAUGGGCUCCCUUUUAGACUUGUCAGGAAUGUGGAUAGCUAUCAGAUAGACUCAGAUAAUAAGCAUGAGACUUUUGUGCUUCAUAGGCUUUGGCUCCACCACGUUACAGAUACUCAGUGUAAUUCUUGUUCUUGCUAUUUCCUUUGUGUGUGAAUUAGAAGAUUAUAUAAGGUUGCUUUUUGAUAUUUUUCCUGGAUAUAACCCCCUUGUACUUGAUUUUUAGUUCACAGUAGGGAUGAUGAGUACAAAGAUUGGACAUUAUUUUGGGGCCAUUAAUGUAUGACUAAAAUUUGGUCUUUCAUGCUAUAAAGUUUUGUACCAUUUAAAAGCCUCAGCACUUAGCUGGUUCUUGCAGUGUAAAGUAAAUUUAACUGUAUGUUAACAGUCUUAACUUUUUUUUUAACUUAUAAAGAAAAGAGGUUUAAUUGGCUCGCAGUUCUGCAGGCUGUACAGGAAGCAUAGUACUGGCAUCUGCUUCUGGGGAGGUCUCUGGAAGUUUACAGUGACGGCAGAAGGCCAAGCGAGAACUUGCACAUUACAUGGCCAAAGCAGGAGCAAGAAAGAGUGAGCAACAAUCUUAAUUAUGAUCAAAGGUCGUUCUACAUUUCUUAAUUUCUUUUAGACUAAAUAUUGGGGAUAGAGAAGAAAAAAUAUCUUAAGACUUCUGGUUUGAAGAAAAAGAAAUACAUAUAAUCUUAAAUGGGGAAUGCCAAAAGACAGAUACUUUAGUAGCGGAACAAGAAUUAGUUUUUGUGGGCAUUCCAUUCCAGGUCAUCUGUGAGCCCGUGGAGUAGCCAUCAUGAGCUAAGCCCCCCCUCUUAAGUCGAAAAAAUUUAUGGGCAAGAAGUUACCAUUGAAAUUAAAUGGUGGCAGACAUAUCCAAGGAAUAUUGCGGGGAUUUGAUCCCUUUGUGAAUCUUAUGAUAGAUGAAAGUGUGGAGAUGGCGACUAGUGGGCAACAGAACAAUAUUGGAAUGGUGGUAAUACGAGGAAAUAGUAUCAUCAUGUUAGAAGCCUUGGAAUGAGUAUAAAUAAUGGCUGUUCAGCAGAGAAACCCAUGUCCUCUCUCCAUAGGGCAUUUUUUUCUGUGAUGUAACAUUUUCAUAUUAGACUUUUUGUUAAAUAAACCUUUGUAAUAGUAAAAAAAAUAAUUUUUGUGAAAAAGAGGAAAGGUGUGGACAAUUAUAUAUAUAUAUACAUAUAUAUAUAUAUAUCCUAAAAUGAAGUAAAUCUCAGUUGUAACUAACAUUGCUGCAGUCAUUUUAUGUUAUGAAGUCUUUUAAUACAGUGUUAUCUCAUUUGAUCCUCACAAUGUUGGUGAUUUUGUAGCUCCAUUUUACAGAGCAGGAAACUUCAACUCAAAUAGGUUAACUCAUGUUUCCAAGAUUAAAUAAAGUUUGAAGAACUGAGAUUUGAUCUAUGGAAGUUUAGACUCGAUCUAAUCUUCUCCACUGUUUGAUGUUAUUAGGAAUGAAAGUAGUAGACUUAGAUGGGAUUGUACUGUAAAAACCAAGGCUAAAUAGAUUUAGAUGGGAUUGUUUCGUGAGGAUGGAGCAGUAAUACUGUUUUGCAUUUGUAUGUUGUAAGAGUAUUUGCUUUUUCUGUGCUCUUUUCUUUUAGCUCAGCUGUAGUUUGCCUCUGGAUCAUCCCCAGUCAUAAUCAGAGAAACAGUGCUGAAAGCUUCACAGAGUAGCUAAUUUAGGAAAAGGUGUGCAUGUGUGGUGGGGGGAGUGUUUUUGUCUAACACAUUUUCUGUUUUGGUAGUGAGAUCUUCAUUUCUUAACAUCUUUCUUGUUAUCGUUCAUGUGACUUUUAGCUCAUUAACCUUGCUCUCUGCACUGCAUAGUGAAGCACCAUUUCUAAUUUAGUCUCCUGUGUUUAGCUUCUCAGAAGAUUUUUUUUGAAAAUGUUUGGAAGUGUGAUUUAAUUGCAAGGCUGUUUGCACAUUGUCAGUGUGAAAGCAAAGAUGAAUUUCAUAUUUAGACUGUGCAACCUGCAGAUUUCAUUUGUUAAAGCUUCCAGUUGGUAUUCCUGUUCUCUCAUACAUGUGUGCAUAAUAGUAUGGAAAAAAUUUCUGUUUUUUUUUUUUUGUAUCUGUAUUUAUCAGUAUGGUUUAGAUAUGGAAAAGCCUAUCUGCUUUGUAUAUUUGCUCAUUUGGAAACCUUGUAUAGUUUAUAGAGACACUAGUGAUUUGUUCCCUAGCCUCCCUAUGGAUUUUGUUCCAUAUUACAAUCUAAUUCCACCUCCUUGUCCUAUACUCCUGAGCUGUUAAUUUGUACAUUUCGAUGCAGUUUGUUUCAUCCUGUGUUUUUGUAAUCCAAACUGAAUGUAACGAGCUGUGUGCUUUAGGGACCUGGCUUUGCCUUGCCAAUUAGAACAAAGUGGUUACUGAGUAAGAGUAUGUUUUAAAUAAAACAUGGUACCUCUGAGUGGUGCUGACACUCAUUUGGGAAUAAAAGAGAUGGUUUUAACUCCUUGACUCACAAAGAAGAGCCAUUACAAAAAAUCACUUUUUUUUUUUUUUUUUUUUUUUGAAAAGAGCGAUAAAGGUUUACCUCCAUAAAAUAUGGUUUUAUAAGUUUCUUCGGGUAGCUAAAUAAAUGUAAAAGUUUGUAAUUUCAAAUACACUUUUUUCCUUCAUGAUCAUUUGAGAUGUGUUAGCAAAGUUCUCUAAAUUUCUGAGUAUUGAACCAAUGGCUGCUGCUGAAUUUUGAAUUUGUUCAUGUUGAAGAAGGUGAGGGUGUAUGAAACAAAUAGAUGUGUUCUUUUGAUUUUUCUAAUAUAUCAAGCCAAGUUUUCAAUGUAAUGGUGGCACUCCUCCCAGAGAUACUUGAAAAUUAUGAAGAUGAAUGUAGGCUUCUACACAAUCUUGUAGGAAUAUUAUUUUCAGAUAAUUGAAUUUUGAGCCAUCAAUGACUUAAGGCUAUUUCGAAGUUUAGCUGCACUUUCAUCAAACAUUUAAAGCACAGAUGUUUCUGAAUAGACCUUCAUAGGCUAAUAGUUUACUAACACAUCAUAGAGAGCCCCUCAUCAGUUACUUCUGGUUUGCAUCUGCCCUAAAAAUACAGUUCUCUUUUUAGCUGAUACAGCAGAUAAACUCUGUUAUUCAUCAUUGGCAUAAGGAAAACAUAAAAUUUAUUUUGAAGAAAAGGUGGACUGCAUCAAAAUCUUUGAAAUAAAGACAUCAAGGGGAAAACUAGAUGUAGAAAGACUUGGUGAUGGGUUUAGACAACAUUAUAGCAUGAUCCAAGAUGGCUGAUUGCUAACAGCUUGGGAUUGUAGCUCCCAGUGAAAGCGCAGAGAACAAGAGGACACCACGGUUUCAGACGAAUUUUUGUCGCUCACGGACCAGAAGAUUCCCAGUGGAGGAGCCCCAGAAGAUUCCCAGUGGAAGAGCCCCACGGGUCGCCAGCGCGACUCUUGUGGCCGGUGCAGUGGUUUUGCCGGUGCCUCGGAGCUGCAGCUCUUCGUGCAGAGUAAACGGGACUGGUUCCCCUUCUGACCGAUGUUUGGAGCUCCGGGAAGGCAGAGCCACUUACUACGGACUCAAGAAGAAAGCCAGACCGGAGAUUCCUGGGCAGAAGAGCACCAUCAGUCUUAUUGCUGCUGUUUUGGCCGGUGCAGUGGGUUGCUCGGAUUCCAGCACUGGGAAUCAAUAAACCCGACAUCCACUCAGAAACCUAAUUAGUAAGGCGGUAAUUGUAAAGAAGACAGAUGGAUAAAUUUAUAACAAAGGGAAGAAACCAGCCUAAAAAGGCUGAGAAUACCCAAAAUCAGAACCCUUCUUCCUCUACAGGGGAUUACAGUUUCUCAUCAGCAAUGGAACAAGCCCUGAUGGAGAAGGACUGUGUUCCAUUAACCAGAAGUAGGCUUCAGAAGGUGGAUGAUAAGAAACUUCUGGGAGUUAAAAGAACUUGUUCUAACCCAGUGUAAAGAAACUAAGAACUUUGAAAAAAGGUUUGAUGAAAUGCUAACAAGAAUAGACAAUAUAGAGAGGAAUAUAAAUGAACUAAUGGAGUUGAAAAACACAACACGGGAAUUUAGCGAAAUAUGCACAAGUUUGAAUAGCCGAAUUGAUCAAGCAGAAGAAAGGAUAUCAGAGGUCGAAGACCAACUUAAUGAAAUAAAACGAGAAAACAAGAAUAGAGAAAAAAGGAUAAAAAGAAAUGAGCAAAGUCUCCAAGAAAUAUGGGACUGUGUGAAAAGACCUAAUUUAUGUUUGAUAGGUGUACCUGAAUGUGACGGAGAGAAUGAAUCCAAGCUAGAAAAUACUCUUCAGGAUAUUAUUCAGGAAAACUUUCCCAAUCUAGCAAAGCAGGAGAAUAUUCAACCCCUGGUAAUACAGAGAACACCACAAAGAUAUUCCUCAAGAAGAGCAACCCCAAGGCACAUAAUCAUCAGAUUCACCAGGGUUGAAAUGAAGGAGAAAAUGCUAAGGGCCGCCAGAGAGAAAGGUCAGGUUACCCACAAAGGGAAGCCUAUUAGAUUUAAAGCAGAUCUCUCAGCAGAAACCCUACAAGCCAGAAGAGAGUGGGAGCUAAUAUUCAACAUCCUUAAAGAAAAGAACUUUCAGCCCAGAAUCUCAUAUCCUGCCAAACUAAGCUUCACAAUUGAAGAAAAAAUAAAAUCUUUUAUGAACAAGCCAGUACUCAGAGAUUUUAUUACCACCAGGCCUGCUUUGCAAAAGCUUCUGAAAGAAGCAUUAUACAUAGAAAGGAACAACCAGUAUUAGCCUUUCUAAAAAUAUACCAAAAAGUAAAGACCAUCAACAUAAAGAAUUUAUAUAAACAAAUAAAUCAAAUAGCCAGUUAACAUCAAAUGGCAGUAACCCUAAAUUUAAGUCGACUAAAUCCCCCAAUCAAAAGAUACAGCCAAAACCUAAUGGUAUGUUGCAUCCAGACCCAUUUCACAUCCAAAGAUACACAAAGAUUCAAAACAAAGGGGUGGAGAAAGACUUACCAACCAAAUGGAGAGCAAAAAUAAAUAAAUUAAUUAAUUAAAAAGCAGGAGUUGCAAUUCUCGCAUCUGAUAAAAUAGAUUUCAAAGCAACAAAGAUAUAGUGGUAAAAGGAUCAACGCAACAAUAAGAGCUAACGAUCCUAACACCCAGAUACAUAAGACCCAUAAAGAGAUUUAGACUCAACGAGACAGAAAAUUGAUGAGGACAACCAGGACUUGAACUCAGAUCUGGAACAAGUAAACUUAAUAAAUAUUUAUAGAGCUCUCCAUUUUAAAUACACAACACAUACAUUCUCCACUUUAAAUACACAAAAUAUUGAUUGGCCAUUAUUAAUACCCAUUUUUAGAAUAAAGCAAUAUUCCCAUUCUCUCUCCUUCUUUUUCUUCCUUUCCUUUACUCCUUUUUUUCCUUCUUUCUAAAAAAAAAAAAAAAGAAAAAAACCAUUAUAGCAUGUAUUAACUUAUGCGAACAAAAGGAAUGCAUUUCUGUGGAACAGUUCAAUUCAAAUGUAGGAGUAUCAUGUUGGAAAAAAUGUUUCUAGAAAAAUGAGCUCUGUGCUAGAGGAAGCCAGUUAAUUGGACUAAGUUAAACUAAACAUAUGCAUUUCUAAUAUUGUACUGGGAAAGUCUUGCAAGCCCUACUGAUGGUUUGACGAGACAGUCAUUGUAACAGCAUUAUUAAAUGCCCUGUGCUUCAUAUUUGAAGAUUAACUGCCAUGUUGCUAGUGCUUUAAAUUGUCCGGUUUUCUGAGUAAAGAUAUUAAAGUUUAAAUGUGCUAUCAACUUCUCCUUAACACUAUUUUAACCUGUUGCUAAACUGAGAGUCCAGGAGAUUGAAUUUUGUUUAAAAAUAUUUGACAUCUGGCCAGGCGCAGUGGCUCAUGCCUGUAAUCCCAGCACUUUGGGAGGCCGAGGUGGGUGGAUCACGAGGUCAAGAUAUCGAGACCAUCCUGGUCAACAUGGUGAAACCCUGUCUCUACUAAAAAUACAAAAAAUUAGCUGGGCACGGUGGCGCGUGCCUGUAAUCCCAGCUACUUGGGAGGCUGAGGCAAGAGAGUUGCCUGAGCCCAGGAGGCGGAGGUUGCGGUGAGCCGAGAUCACGCCAUUGCACUCCAGCCUGGGUAACAAGAGCGAAACUCCUGUCUCCAAAAAAAAAAAAAAAAAAAAAAAAAAAAAAAAAAAAAAUUGACGUCUAUAGACAACACGGAAUUUGCCAGCUUUGCAUAAAGUAACAGUGUUUUCCUCAACUCAUGGUUUAGGAUUCAGUUGCUGUUAAUUUCCAUGCGUGAAGCAAAAAUUAACGUCAAGAAGUCUUUCUCAAAAAAUUUUUUAAUGCAGGUACUAGGCUUCCAAUGGCAACUGAAAGCUGGAUUAUUAAUUUCUUAAGAGAAAUUACCUGUUCAGUUACUCAGUGUACUUCAUAACUAUUUCUAAACACUGGUUUUGUUUUUUGGAAGUUAGUAGUGUGAUUCCCAUUAAUCAUGUGAUAUUAGGAAAUGGUGAUCAUAGAAUAUCUGAGUGGAAAGAAUUUUAGAGCCCUUUUCUGUCUGAAACAUUGGUAGUCAUUCCAAAUGUCUGCUGAAUUAAUGAGUUGAAAAGUAAACUGAGGUAGUGAGGGUAAAGUGGCUUAUUAUUUCAUCUUUUAUUUGCAUAUUUAUUUAUUCAUUGUCCAAAAUUAUCUGCCUCUUCGUGGCAUCUUUUUUUUUUAAUAAAUAGAGUCUUGCUCUGUCGCCCAGGCUGGAGUGCAGUUAUUCGAUCUCAGCUCACCGCAACCUCUCCCUCUCUGGUUAAGCAAUUCUCCUGCCUCAGCCUCCCAAGUAGCUGGGAUUACAGGCAUGCGCCACCAUGCACGGCUUAUUUUUGUGUUUUUAGUAUAGACGAGAUUUGGUCAUGUUGGCUAGUCUGGUCUCAAAUUCCUGACCUCCAGUGAUCUGCCUGCCUUGGCCUCCCAAAGUGCUAGGAUUACAGGUAUGAGCCACUGUGCCCGGCUGACAUAGUCUUAUUUUAGUUAUCAGUGGCAAUUUAUUUUUGGACACACCAUAUGGCUUAAUCUUUAUAAAGCAAAAAUGAAUGCCUUGUCUAAAACACUGUUUUAUAUAGUUGUCAUAUAAAAUACCUGACCUUGUUUUAGCAGACUUUUUCCUUUUUUCUUGUCAAUAUUUUGAGCUUAUGAAAAGCACAGCCCUUGCUUGAGGGCUUGUCAGACACCUGGAUACCUGAGGCACUGCUGGUUACCACUUCCAGUUAAAAUUCUGUCAGUGAUUCUAGUUGCAUUAUAAAUUAAAAUUCAGAGAAACAGCCCCACCCUAACAUCAGAGUGAUGUUUGGUGUCUUAAAGGCCUGGUGUGGUUUGUUCAGUGGCUUCAUUGAAAGGCUGCCUGUGACUUCUUUCUGAAUUUUAGAUGGAAAUAAAUACAGGAUAUUCAUUGUGGAGGUUCAGAGUGAGAGAAUAAUGGGCAAUGUAAAGGCAUACAAGUUUGCUUUUUAAAAACUGCAACCAAGGGAACCUUUUCAAAGUACACUGUAAAGGUCAAGUUUCUUGUAUUUCCUACUUGAUCUCUAUGUGACUGAAUGGAGGCUAUUUCACUUCUGAUUUAUAAGAUAUUUCCCGGGAUUCAAGGUUUUGUGUACAUCAGACAUUGUUAGCACUUUUGUCUUUUGUGUGGCUCUAACCUUAAGAAGGAAAACAAAGACCCAAUCUGCAUUUUGAGAAGCCCUUCCCUAUAGGCCUUUGUUGCAUAACUCAAAAGAGCAACAACCUUAGAAAAGUAAUUGGGUUUUUCAAAACACAUAAUUAGGAUAUUCCUCCCCAUUCCUUCAUGCACGCUAUGAAGUUACCAGGAUACCCUUUCACUGUGAAGUUAUCAGGAUAGUUAACAAUUGUGACCUGUGGGGGUUUUUUUUUUUUUUCCGGUGUCCUAAUCAUGGUGGGGAGAGAGGGAAGCAUUAAUUUUUUACUAAUUUCCCUUGAAUUCACCAAUGCCUUACUUUCCCACAGCAUUAUCAAAGAAUUGAUGUUUAUGCUGUUUUAGAAACUGGCUUUUAAACAAGUGUUUUUACUAUAACGUGAAUAAACCUUGAGAACAUUAUGCUAAGUGAAAUAAGUCAGUUACAAAAAGAACAAAUACUAUAUGAUUCUGCUUAUAUGAUGUACCUACACUAGUCAGAUUCAUAGAGACAAAUAGAAAGGUGGUUUCCAAGGGCUAGAGGGUGGGGGAACUGAAGAGUUGUUUAUGAUAAAGAAAGUCAGUUUGUGAAGAUGAAGAAAGAUCAGGAGAUGUGUGGUGGUGGCAGUCGUUGCACAACAGCGUGAAUGUACUUAAUGCCACUGGAACUGUAAGAUUGAAAACAGUUACGGUGGUAAAAUUUAUGUUGUGUGCAUUUUACCCGAAUUAAAGAUAUUGAUUAAAAUAGUGUUUACUUUUGAGUAUAGUUUGUUCUUUACAUUUGCCAAAAUCUUUUUGUUUGAAUUUCUUUAAAAAAUCUGUUAACAGGAGAUUAAGUGUAUUUCGUCUUUGUUUUGUGACAAUAAACUAGUCAUCUACAGUAGAAAGUAGAAAAUAAAAAUAUUUCCAGAAAUAAAACUGAGAUUUAAAAACAAUUCAAUUUUUUCCCUUCUUGUAUUUAUCUGUGUAGAUGAUGCCAUAACAGGUAUUAUAUAUGAUUAAAUUUAAAAAGUUGUAGUGGCUUUGAUUUUGCGAAAGCUUCUUUACCUGAAAUAUUAGUUUCCUCAUUUGUCGAAUGGGGGGUUAUUAUACCUCCUUCCCUGGGGAUAAAAUAAGAUGAUAUAGAUUAAAUCUCUUUAAAGCUAUUUUAUUAAGGUACUACCUGCAUGUAGUUUAAAAAGUCAAAAUAUUUAUUACAUGUAACAAAAUGCCCUGCCCUUUCUACUCCCAAGUUUCCCUACAUGCAGUGAUUGAGAGGAACAAUGACUCUGAAUUCUGUCUGCUGUUUCUUCUGAAUUUAUAUUUCUCCAUAUUUGUGAUUAAUGUAUAUAUAUUGCUGACUUUUUGAUUUCUCAGUUGCACACAUUUUUUUUUUUACCUUGUUAGGAUAUAUAAAGCCUUUGUUCCCUUAUGCCCUCUCUCCUAUUCCCCCCAACAUAUUUACAGUGAAAUUUUGGUUAAAUAAUUCUUCAGUAUUUAUGUUUUUAUGGGUAUGUAAAUAUUAUGACAUUGGAACAUUUAGCUUAGUAUAUCCUUUUUUUCUUUUUUUUUCCCUUCUUGGAGGAUUUUCCAGAGAUCUUUCUGCUACUUCUAUUUUAUUGCAUUGUGCUCAAGAAACAUAUUUUGUAUGAUCCUCAUUCAUUUAUUGAGACUUAUUUUAUGACAAAAUAUGUCUUGGAAAAUGUUGUGUUUGUAUUUGAAAAGAAUGUGCAUUCUGCUGUUGUUGAAUAGCUUGUUCUUUAAAUGUCAGUUAGGUCAGGUUGGUUGAUGGUGUUCAAGAUUUUCAUGUCUGUUGAUUUUUAGCUUACUUGUUCUGUCAAUUACUGAGAGAGGGAUAGUGAAAUAUCUGAAUACAAUUAUGGAUUAAAACAGUUUUUAAAAAUAUUUCUGUCAUAUUUAGCUUCAUGUGUUUUGAAGCUCUGUUACUAGGUACAUAAAUGUUUAGGAUUUCUUCAUCUUUAUAAAUUGAUACCUUUAUUGUUAUGGAAUGACUUUUAAUUGCAGAUAAUGUUACUUGCUGUGAAAUUUACCUUGAGAUUAAUUUAACUGUGCUAGCUUUCUUUUGGUUAAUGUUCACAUGGCAUAGAUUUUUUCUUUUUGUUUUCAUUCCAACUUUUGUUUUUAGGUUUAAGGGAUAUUUGUGCACAUUUGUUACAUGGGUAAAUUAUGUGUUACAGGGGUUUGAUUCCCACAACCUCCUCUUUGGGUUCCAUUAAUUUGUUAGGGUGGGCAGUUCACAGAACUCAGAGAAACAUGUUUGUUAAGAAGAUAUUUAAGGGAUACAGAUAAAUAGCCUGAUGAAGAGGUACAUAGGAUGAGGUCUGAAAAGGUCCUAAGCACUGGAGCUUCUGACCCUGUGUAGUUGGGUGCACCACCCUCCCUGCCCAUGAAAGAGUUCACCUUCACCUUCCUCUUGGCCUACACAUGAUCAGCUGUCUGGAAGCUCACUGAAUCCUCUCUUCUUGGGUUUUUAUGGACGCCUCAUGACAUCAUAAUUUCUUCCCCCAGGGUAUAGGGUGAGACCCUCUGUCAGAAAAGGGAGCCGGGGGAACAUGUGCCAGGAACUGUGGAUUCUGGAUAUUAGACCUUUGUUUGACUGCAUAGUUUGCAAAUAUUUUCUUCCAUUUUGUAGGUUGUCUGUUUACUCUAUUGAUAAUUUCUUUUGAUGUGCAGAAGGUCUUGUCUUAGGUCCCACUUGAUUUUGUGGCAAUUGCUUUUAGUCUUCAUGAAAUCUAGUUUUUUUCCUGGAGUUUUAUGAUUUUAGGCUUUAAAUUUAAGUCUUUAUUCCAUCUUGAGUUGAUUUUUCUAUGUGGUAAAAGGAAGGAAUCCAGUUUCAAUCUUCUGCAUAUGGCUAGCCAGUUAUUCCAAUACCAUUUGUUAAAUAGGGAAUCCUUUUUCCAUUGUUUGUUUUUGUUGACUUUUUUUUUUUAGUCAGAGUCUCCCUCUGUUGCCCAAGCUGGAGUGCAGUGGUGUGAUCUUGGUUCACUACAACCUCUGCCUGCCGGGUUCAUGUGAUUCUCCUGGCUUAGCCUCCUGACUAGCUGGGGUUAUAGGCGCCUGCCACCAUGUCCGGGUAAUUUUUUUUUUUUUUUUUUUUUGUAGAGAUGGGGUUUUACCAUGCUGGCCAGGCUGGUCUUGAACUCCUGACCUCAGGUGAUCCACCCACCUUGGCCUCCCAAAGUGCUGGGUUUACAUGCAUGAGCCACCGUGCCUGGCCUGUUGACUUCGUUGCUGGUUGUAGGUGUAUGGCUUUAUUUCUGGGUUCUCUAACCUGUCCAUUGAUCUAUUUUUGUACCAGUACUAUGCUGUUCUGGUUACUAUAGUUUGAAUUCGGGUAAUGUGAUACUUCCAGCUUUGUUCUUUUUGCUUAGGAUUGCUUUAGCUAUUUGGGCUCUUUUUUGGUUUCAUAUGAAUUUUAGAAUAGUUUUCUUCUUCUAAUUCUGUGAAAAAAGUCUUAGUUUAUAGUUUGAUGGGAAUAGCAUGGAAUGUAUAAAUUGCUAUGGGCCAUAUGGCCAUUUUAACCCUGUUGAUUCUUCCUAUCCAUGAGAAUGUUUUCCACUUGUUUGUGUCAUCUCUGAUUUAUUUCAGCAGUGUUUUAUAAUUCUUCCUGUAGAGGUCUUUGACCUUCCUGGUUAUCUGUAUUCCUAGGUGUUUUAUGUUUAAUGUGUGUGUGUGUGUGGAGGGAGUGGGCUACUAUAGAAAUAGGAUUGCAGUCUUGUUUUGGCUCUCAGCUUGGACAUUGUUGGUGUACAGAAGUGCUGCUGAUACUUGUCUGUUGAUUUUGUAUUCUGGAACUUUGCCGAAGUUGUUUAUCAGAUCUAGGAGCUUUUGGAUAGAGACUGUGUUUUCUAGGUAUAAAAUCGUACCAUUUGCAGAAAGUGAUAGUUUGACCUCUCUGUUUAUAUUUGGAUGCCCCCUUUUUUUUUCCUCUUGCCUGAUUGCUUUGGCUAGGACCUACAGUACUGUGUUGAAUGGGAAUGCUGAGAGUGGGCAUAUUUGUCUUAAUUCUGAUUCUCAAGAGGAAUACUUUUAGCUUUUGCCUGUUUAGUAUGAGGUUUGCUAUGGGUUUGUCAUAGAUAGCUCUUAUUAUUUUGAGGUAUGUUCCUUCAGUGCUUAGUUUGUUGAAGGUUUUUAACACAAAGCUAUGUUGAAUUUUAUCAAAAGCCUUCUGAGGCCAUUAAGAUACAUUUAUUGAGAUGAUCAUGUGGUUUUUCUUUUUAGUUAUGUUAAUGUGAUAAAUCACAUUUAUUGAUUUGUGUAUGUUGAAACAACCUUGCAUCCCAGGAAUAAAGCCUGCUUGAUCAUGGUGGAUUAGCUUUAUGAUGUGCAGCUGGAUUUUGUUUGCUAGUAUCUCACUGAAGAUUUUUACAUUUGUGUUCAUCAGGGAUAUUGGCGAGAACUUUUAUUUUUGUGUGUGUCUUUGCCAGGUUUUGGUAUCAGAAUGAUGCUGACCUCAUAGAAUGUGUUAGGGAAGAAUCUCUCUUCCUCGGUGUUUUGGAAUAGUUUCAAUAUCGUUGAUACCAGUUCUCCUUUAUUUGUCUGGUAGAAGUGAGCUGUGAGUCUUCUUCUGGUCCAGGGUUUUUGCUGGGUUGGUAGGCUUUUUAUUGCACAUUCAAUUUUGGAACUUGAUAUUGGUCUGUUUAGGAUUUCCGUUUCUUUCUGGUUCAAUCUUGGGAGGUUUUAUGUGUAUAGGAAUUUAUCCAUUUCUUCGAGAUUUUCUAGAAGAAAUGUGCAUAGAGAUGUUUGUAAUCGUCUCUGAGGGUUUUUUAAUUUCUGUGAGGUCAAUGGUAAUGUCUUCUUUGUCAUUUAUGAUCGUGUUUAUUUGGAUAUUCUCUCUUGCUGAGGUCCCAUUUCUGCCACUUAUCCAUAUACUUCUUCCUGUCAGCUCAAAUGUCUUUGGGGUUCCUGGAGUCUCCUGCAGCUUGGAUUCUAGGUCUAUGGUAAGAGUGAACUACUGCUCAGCUAUUUAACUCACCCCUUCCCCAGGAGCUACUGUGGGUCUGGAACAAGUUCUGGUGCUCAGCAGGGUUCCCAGCUUCCUUCUCCUCUAGCCCAGAGUCUGUGUCCUCCCUCUCUCCACUCUCAGUGUCUUCCUUCUGCAGAUCUGCUUGGAGUGUGCCUGUCUUCUUGAUGGUGUAGUCUUGGUGGGAGAUGCUCUUCCUGGCUGUCUAGUUGCAUGUCUUGGCUCUUCUCUCAUUCAUUUUUUCCAGUUUUUUUCAAUUCUUUACUUUUGACCUGUGGUGUUUUUAUAUUUAAAAUACAUUUCUUCUAGAAAGCAUGUAAUAGAGUCUUGCUUUGAUGUGCACUACAAGUCUUUACUUUUAGUUAGGGUAUUUACAUAAUUUUAUUUAAAUAUGAUUACUGGUAUAAUUAUGUUUAAAUCUCUCAUUUUGGUUUGGGUUUUCUAUUUGUCUCAUCUUUUCUUUUUUUCUUAUUUCCCUGCUUUCUUUUCAAUUAGUUAAACAUUUUUAAUGAUUCUAACAUACCUCCUUUGUUGACUUCUAUUAGUGCUUCGGCUAGGAUGUAUCAUAUAUAUAUUUAACUUCUCACAGUUUGUCAAGUGAUAUUCUGUUACUUCAUAAGUGGUAUAAAACUUUAUAAUAGUUAGUAUACUUUCAUUUCUUUUUUCCAAAUCUUUAUGCUGCUGUUGUCAUAUAUUUUACUUUUACGUAAUUAUUAUUAUUUUUUUUCCUUUUUUGAGACAGGGUCUCUCUCUCUUGCCGAGGCUGGAGUGCAGUGGUGUGAUCAUGGCUCACUGCAGCCUUGACCUCCUGGGCUGAAGCAGUCAUCCCACCUUAGCCUCCUGAAUGACUGGGACUCAGGCACGUUGCACCACACCUGGCUGAUUUUUAAAUUUUUUUUGUAGAGGCAGGGUUUCAGGAUGUUGCCCAGGCUGGUCUUCAACUCCUGGGCUCAAGUUGUCCUCCUUCCUUGGCCUCAUAAAGUGCUAGGAUUACAGUUGUGAGUCAUCACCCCCAGCCUAUAGUCAGUUAUCUUUUUUUUUUUUUUGAAAGAAAGAGAAAGAGGGAGAAAGAACAGGAAUCUUGCUCUAUUACCUAGGCUGGAAUGCAAUCUAAAAAUAGGUAUUAAAAACCUCUUUUAUGCCAAUAAUUGUGCUUAACAGCAGAGACAGGAAGGAACAAGGGAAGAAAAAAACAAACAGCCAACCAGUAUUUCAUUUAAGUCCGUGAAAUGCUAUACAAAUGCUGAAGAGUGAUUUAUUUCCAAUUAUGUGGUCACUUUAAAAAUAGGUGUAAUGUGAUACUGAGAAAAGUGUAUGUUCUGUGGACCUGGGGUGAAGAAUUUUAUAAAUAUUCACUGAGUUUACUUGUUCCAGGUCUGAGUUAUAAUCAUAGAUGUCCCUGUUAACUUUCUAUCUCAUUGAUCUGUCGAAUAUUAACAAUGUGGUGUUAAAAUCUCCUGCUAUUACUAUGCUGGAGUCCAAGUCUCUUUAUAAGUCAUUAAGAACUUGUCUUAUGUAUCUGGGUGCUCCUAUAUUGGGUGCAUAUAUAUUUAUGAUCAUUGACUUCUGUUGUUGCAUUGAUCCUUUUACCAUUAUGUAAUGUCCUUCUUUGUUUCUUUUAGUCUUUGUUACUAUUAAAGUCUAUUUUGUCAGAGACGAAAGUUACAACUCCUGUUUUUGUUUUUUUUUUUUUUGCUCUCCAUUUGAUUGGUGAGUCUUCCUCCAAUCCUUUGUUUUGAGUCUUCAUGUGUCCUUGCUUAUGAGAUGGAUCUGGAUACAGUAAACCAGUGGGUUUUGACUUUUUAUUCAGUUUGCCUGCCUGUGUCUUUGAUUGGGGCAUUUAAUCCAUUUAAAUUUAGGAUUAAUAUUGAUGUUUGUGAGUUUAAUAUUGUCGUUUAAUGCUCACUGGCUAUUUUACCCAUUAGUUGAUGUAGAUUCUUCAUUAUGGAGAUACUCUUUACCUUUUGCUAAGUUUUUGGGAUGACUGAUACUGGUUGUUCCUUUCUGUGUGUAAUGCUUCUUUCAGAAGCUCUUGUAAAGCAGGCCUGGUGGUGAUGAAAUCUCUGAGUGCUUGCUUGUUUGUGAAAAAUUUUAUUUUUCCUUCAUUUAUGAAGCUUAAUUUGGCUGGAUAUGAGAUUUUGGGUUGAAACUUGUUUUCUUUGAGGAUAUUGAAUAUUGACCCCCCCACUCUCUUCUAGUCUGUAGGGUUUCUGCUGAGAGAUCUGCUGUGAGUCUGAUAGGCUUCCCUUUACGGGUAACUUGACUUUUCUCUCUAGCUGCCCUUAGAAUUUUCUUCUUUAUUUCAACCCUGGUGAAUCUACUGAUUAUGUGUCUUGGGGUUGCUGUACUUGAGGAAUAUCUUUGUGGUGUUCUCUAUAUUACCUGGAGUUGAGUAUUGUCCCACGUUACUAGGUUAGGAAAGUUCCUGAAUAAUAUCCUGAAGAAUAUUUUCCAGCUUGGAUUCAUUCUCCUCAUGACAUUCAGACACACCUAUCUAAUGUAAAUUAGGUCUUUUGGCAUAGUCCCAUAUUUCUUGGAGACUUUGCUCCUUCCUUUUUACUCUUUCUUCUCUAGUUUUGUCUUCUGGUUUCAUUUCACUAAGUUGGUCUUUGACCUCUGAUAUCGUUUCUUCUGCUUGAUCAAUUUGACUGUUAAAACCUGUGCAUACUUUGCAGCGUUCUCAUAUUGUAUUCUUCAGUUCCAUUAAUUCACUUAUAUUCCUCUCUAAAUUGUCUAUUUUCAUUAGGAUUUCGUCAGACCUUUUUUCAAGUUUCUUUACAUUGGGCCAGACCAUGUUCUUCUAACUCACAGAAGUUUCUUAUUAUCCACUUUCUGAAGCCUAAUUCUGUUAAUGGAACGCACUCGUUCUCCAUCAUGCCUUGUUCCCCUGUUGAUGAGGAACUGUGAUCCCCUGUAGAGGGAGAGGCAUUCUGAUUUUGGGUAUUCUCAGCCUUUUUACGGCAGUUUCUUCCCAUCAUUGUAAAUUUAUCCAUCUAUUGUCUUUGUAAUUACCAACUUUCAAAUUAGGUCUCUGAGUGGACAUCCAACUUGUUGAUUCCCAGCGCCGGAAUCUGAGCAACCCACUGCAUAGGCUAAAACAGCAGCAUUAAGAUUCGUGGUGCUUUUCUGCCUGGGAAUCUCCAGUCUGGCUUCCCUCUUGAGUCCCUUUUUCAAUCAGCUGAAUGGGUGACUCUGCCUUCCCGGAGCUCCAAACGUCGACCAAAAGGGGACCCAGUCCCAUUUACUCUGCACUGAGAACUGAGGCGCUGGCAAAACUGCCGUGCCAGCCACAAGAGCCAUGCUGGCGACCUGUGGGGCUCCUCUGCUGGGAAUCUCCUGGUCCGUGAGCAACAAAAAUUCACCUGAAAGUGUGGCAUCCUCUUGUUCUCUGCGCUUUGACUGGGAGCUACAAUCCUGAGCUGCUAGUAAUCGGCCAUCUUGGAUCUCUCUCCAAAUUGGGGUAACUUUCAUCUUCUAGAUCCAGAAUUAAAUUGAGACUAAAUAGAGGCUAGUUCUCAGGCUUACAAUUUCAACUGUUUUCUUCUUGAGAACACUUAAAACCUAACCUAGGCCCAUGUAACUUGAGAAGGCAUUCUAUAUGGAAAUAAAUUGCGUUUAUUCAAAAUAUUUUCUUGAAUAUCUACUAUGUUUAUUGCCUUAUAUUAAGCACUUUAGGGAGAAGUAAAUAUAUAGUUCCUACUCUGAAAAUCCUUAAAUUGUAAUUGGGGAGGGUAGAAUGUGUUCUGCAUUUCAGUUCUACCGAUGAAAUGUGUUCUGAAAUCUUCAAGACACCAGUGUAGCAUAUAUCUUUCUUAGCUAUAAAAUGGGGAUAAUAAUAACCCUACUUCUUACAAUUUUUUUGAGAAUUAAUUGAGAUCCUGUGUUAAAUAAAAAUAGUAAAACCACACUGAACUUUAGGCACAUGGAGCAGCCAAGUAACUCAUGCCUAAAAGGUGUCCUGCAACACUGGCAAUUCAGAUUCAUACUUAGCAGAAGCAUUUGUUACAUGCAGUGAACCUUGAAACCCCAAAUGUCAGAUCCUUGAAUGCCAGAUAUUUAGUGUGACAAACAUUUCAGGUCUCUGUUGCUAGCACACAUUCAUAUAUAUACAGCUUCCACUCUGGACAGAAGGCAGUGGGGGAGUACCGUCAGUGAUGUUUGUCUGAGCACGGCAACUUAAUUCCUUUGCAGAACUGGUCACUCUCCAUAAAUUACAUUUUCUUAGUGUGUACACAUUCUGCUGAUGUUCAAACAACUACCUUAGAACCCUGUAGCUGCCUUCCUAUGUGCAUGCCUUUCCUUUAUGAAUAAAGGGAAAUAAAGGGGAAAUUUAGAAAAAGUUGCGGUAUUGACUUGUUUGUUCACUCUAGAGUUACAGAAACAUCUUGUAGAAAGUUGUUACUCAUCUCAAAGUUAAAUGACAAUCAUCUGCUCUGAGAAUUCUUCCCCACUGCCUUCCCUACACUUUGGGGAAAAAAAAUUGGCUGGUUUUAGGGGCUCACACUAGUAACAGCAGCACUUUGGGAAGCCAAGUCAAGAGGAUCACUUGAACCCAGGCAUUUGAGACCAACCUGGGCAACGUAAUGGAGACCCCCCCCCCCAACUCUACAAAAAAUUAAAAUAAAAAUCAGCGGGUGUGGUGGCACGUUCCUGUAGUCUGAGCUACUCAGGAGGCUGAGGUAAGAGGAUUGCUUGAGCCUGGGAUAUCAAAGCUGCAGUGUUCUGUGAUCACAGUACUAUACUCAGCCUGUGUGAUAGAGCGAGACCCUGUUUUAAAAAUAAAUAAAUAAAUAAUUGGUGCUCUUAGGACAUCUGAUUCCAUGACUUGGUUCUUGGACGGCAUUUCGGAUCCUGCCAUGGGCCACCAGAGGGGAGCCCACUCCUCCAAAGAGUGAGUUACUGCUAGAUGGUAGUUGGGCAGUACUCCCUUUGGCCUGAGGUGUCAGUGGACACGAGGUGAGGCUCCUCUGCCUUUGGAAGGGAGAGGGAAGAAUAGGAAAGACUGCAUCUUGUGGUUUGGGUGCCAGCUCAGCCACAGUACAGUAGAAUACCAGGUGCACUUCUGAGGUUUUUGACUCUAGGCCCUGGCUCUGGGAUAGCACCUCUGGCUCCACCAGGAGCCUGGGGGAACUUGCUGCCCUGAAGAGAAGUAUGUGGGUCUGGCUGGCUUUGCUGCCUCCUGAUUGUAGAGCCCCAGGACUUUGAGCAAACAGAGGUGGCAGCCAGGGUGUGGUUAUAGUAGGCCUUGGGUAAAAGCCAGUCCUACGCUGGCUUCAGGUUUGACCCAGCAAAGCCCUAGGGGUGGUGGCCACAGGAGUACUUGUGAAACUCCACCCCCAUCUCCAGGUGGCUCAGAGCAGAGAGAGAGAGAGAUACUCCAUCUGUCUAGGAGAAAUUUAAGGGAAGAGAGAGUCUUUUCCUAUUAAUCCAGUGAACUCUUGGAUUUUGUCCAAGAUUUUCGAGGUGGUACCUCUUAAGAGUCUGCAAGAAACGUAGUGCUCUUGGGCUUGAUGUCCCCCUUAAAUCAUGCAUCUUAGAUCACAACACCCAAGUCCUUUAGAAUACCUGGAAAGCCUUCCCAAGAAGGAUGGGUACAAACAAGCCCAGACUGCAAAGACUACAAUAAAUAUCUAACUUCAAUGCCCAGAUACAGAUGGACAUCUACAAGUAUCAGGAUGAUUCAGGAAAACACAACCUUUCCAAAUGAACUAAAUAAGGCAUCCAGGACAAAUCCUGAAGAAACACAUAUGUAACCUUUCAGAUAGAGAAUUCAAAACAUCUGUUUUGAGGAAACUCAACGAAAUUCAAGAUAACACAGAAGGAAUUCAGAAUUCUGUUAGAUAAAUUUAGGAGAUUGAAAUAACAAGAAUCAGGCAGAAAUUCUGAAGUUAAAAAAUGAAAUUGGCAUACUGAAGAAUGCUUUGGAGUCUUUUAAAGGCAGAAUUGAUCAAACAGAAGAAAGAAUUAGCUUGAAGACAGGCUGUUUUAAAGUAUACAGUCAGGAGACCAAAGAUAAAAUAACAGAUAUGCCUACAGGAUCUAGAGAAUAGCUAUAAAAAGGCAAAUCUAAGAGUUACUGGGCUUACAGAGGAGGUAGAGAAAGAGAUAGGCAUAUAAAGUUUAUUCAAAGGGAUAAUAGAAAACUUUUCAAACCCAGAGAAAGCUGUUAAUAUCCAAGUACAUGUAGCCUAUAGAACACCAAGUAGAUUACCAAAGAAGACUACUUCAAGGCAUUUAAUAAUCAAACUCCCAAGGUCAAGAAAGGGAAAAAUUUCUUGAAAUGAAUGAUAAUGAAAACACAACAUAUCCAAACCUGUGGGUUAUAGGAAAAGCUGUAGGAGGGAAGUUUUAUAUCUAUUUAGUGCCUAUACGAAGAAAGGAAAACUUCAGAUAAACAAUGAUGCAUCUUAACUAAAAAAGCAAGAGCAUCCACAUAGAUGCACUCUGCAUAGCUUUCAAAGAAAAAGGAAAGAAAACAAGAGCAAAUCAAACCCAAAAUUAGUAGAAGAAAAAGUAAAGAUCCGAGCAGAAAUACAUGAAUUUGAGACGAAAACCAAUACAAAAGAUCAAUGAAACAAACAGUUGGCUGUUUAAAAGUUAAACAGAAUAGGUAAACCUUUAGCCAGACUAAGAAAAAAAAAAACCAAAUAAAUAAAAUUAGUUUCUAGUUCUUCAUCUUUCAUCCUGCUUCACCAACACCAGCCCAAGCACACCUGCAAAUUACCAGUUUAAUCUCUUUCUCUUUCCCCUCCCUCCCUCCCUCUCUCCCUCUCUCUCUCCUCUUCUCUCUCUCUCUCUCUCAGAAGUUCACAUUCUCUUUUUGGUGGUUUCCAAUCUGCUUCUGUAGGUGGAAGCCUCCUUUUUUUCCCCCUUUUUUCUUUGACUCUGCUGUUUUUCCUCUGAAUCUAGAAUUUAAAGACAUUAUUCUAUUGAUCUAGGUGACAAGCCCCUUCUAAGAUCUCUCUAUUGGAUAUAGUACUGUAUCAUACUGCAACAGAAUAAGUCAAUAAUGCAAGGUACAUAAGGUAUUAUAGAUAAAUAGCUGAGUGUUUUUCUGUACUAUUCCCAAGAUCUAAAUUAUGAGUCUGUUAUUUUACAAAUCCUACUUUUCUGGAAGAAUUGUCAACUGUUUUUGGCUUGGGCCUUGCCAUAUUUUGUUCUGUUGUAAUUCUGUUUUUCCUUCUGUUUCAUUCUUCCCCUUCACCCCAUCCUCGUUUCUUCUAACUCCUGCAAAAUAAAACAAAUCCUUGAGUCCAAAUCUUUCUCAGGACUUCUGGACUGUUGGUGCCUUUUCAAAGAGCAGGUAAUAUAAUAUAGUAAAAGAAAUAUGGACUUUGAUGUCCUGCUCUGAUGCCUAGCUGUUACAGGUGGAUAUACCCAGGUUCUGCACCACAUGACUACCCUAUCAUGCUGUAAGGCCAGAAGGGGUGCUUGAUUCAUAAGGUAGCCAAUCCAUAGCCUCUGAUGUGUAUGGCUCUUGGGGAAAAUGUGAACUUCUGAGAGAGAGAGAGAGAAGAGGAGGGAGGGAGGGAGGGAGGGGAAAGAGAAAGAGAUUAAACUGGUGAUUUGCAGGUGUGCUUGGGCUGGGCCGUCUUUGGUUGUGUGCAGGUUGAAGAAGAAGACCUGGGCAAAGAGAACAAAGCAGAACCACUCAUAGUGCGAGUGUACAGCCCCUUAGAGACAGCCAGCCGUCUUUGGUUUCUGACCUUGAUCCAGUCCCUGCCAUUAGAUCCCUAUGAGAUGUAUGUAUUCUUGUAUCUGCUGUAUCUUUACUUGAGCCAGGUUAAAUAGAGUACUCUCUUAUAUACUGUGGAGCAAAACCAAAAUACUUACAUUCAAAGAACACCAACGGGUCUAUCAUAUAUUGAGGAAUUCCUUCUCCCAUCAUUUCUCAGUAACUUUACAAUUUUCUUUUAUUACUUUGUGUGAUUUUCAAGACUCUGUGGCUUAGUGAUUAAGGACUUAAGUUCAUAUUAUUUACUGUGGAACUUAGGCAAAUUGUACAUCCUCUCUGAGCCUUAGUUUUCUCUUCUGGGAAAUGAGUGUAGUAAUAGGGCUUAGAUUUCCAUGAGGAUUUAAUGAGAUACUGUGUACAGCAGAUGGUACUGGGUAUGUAGUAAAUGCCCAGUGAAUGUUAGCUUAUUGUAUAUAAAUGUAGGAUAUGAAAAUUAGUCUAUUGUUUUUUAAACUAUCUGUGGUAAAAGACCAGUUCUUUUUUUCUCUCAAACUAUGACAAUCCAAUAUUUUUGUAAAAUACAAUAAAAAUAACUAGAUUUUUAAAAGUACCAACUGUAAAGAUAUAAAGUAUAAGUCCUGAAUUAAUUAUUAUAAUUUAGCAAACUUAUUCUGCCAGGUUAUAAAAUUUUCUAAAUUCUUAUCCUUAAUUUCUCUACUUAUUUUGUUUAGACCAGUAACUACUUAUUGACCAGUUACUGGCCUACUUACUUAAAACAGCAACAAUUUGCAGACUGGCACUGGUCUGUGGACUGUGAGUAGCACUGUCCUGGUGUAUAUAGGCAAUCUCAUGGAUAUCAGAAUAUAUAUGCACUCACAUGUAGUUGGGGAAAAAUACCCCACUAUUUCUGUAAGGUUUUAAGUAGCCAGAAAUUCAUAUAUACAUUUCUUGACCUGGGGGCAAUGUACAAGGGACAUCUGACACCUCUGGAAUUCCUUCCUUAUAUGGUUGUUAUUCUGCUGCUUCCUAGGUGAGGGUUGUCAUUUUUUUUUUUUUCCUGAGUUGUGCUGUUCUUCCCUACUUGUUCUUUACUUCAUAAGGAAACUGUGCUCCCUAAAGGCCAGAUAUUUGUCUUAGACAAAUCAACUGUGCUAAGUAGUUGAGAAUAGGAUACUGAAUACUGCUGUCUUAUGGACUGAAGUGAAGCCAUCACUGGCAGUGUGAUCAGAAUAAUAACUUUUAAAAAAAAUUUGAGACAGGAUCUCUUACACAGGCUGGAGUGCAGUGGCACAAAUCAUGGCUCGCUUCAGCCUUGGCUUCCCUGGGUUCAGGUAUCCUUCCCACCUCAGCCUCCUGAGUAGCUGGGACUAUAGGUAUGUGCUACCAUACCCAGUUAAUGUUUAUAUUUUUUGUAGAGAUGGGGUUUUGCCAUGUUACCCAGGCUGGUUGAGACCAGCCUGGGCUCAGGGGAUCCUCCUGCCUUCCCUAAGUCCUGGGAUUGCAGGUAUGAGCUACAAUUCCUGGCCCAGAAGAAUAACUUGUAAUGAUCCUUCAUGCAACCAGAUUGCAUGGUUGUAGACAAAGGAGAAACCAUAGAAGAGGUUGGCAUUUGCAUUUUCCUUCAAUGCAAAGACAGUGACAGACCGUGAUACAGAAUUGCAAACAGCAGGUUCUAGAAACAGUAACUGUGACUGAUGACUAAAAGUCUUUACAAAUGCUAGCAUGUGACCAGGGUUAGGUAUUUCUUCCAAGUAUUUUAGGGGAGACUGAGCAUUAUAGUAUCAGAUUUUAUCUUCAGAGAAAUUACAAAUUUCAAUUAAAAAGCACAUAUAAAGUGCCAGACAUUGUGUUAAGAUGUUGUAUGUCUCUCACUUAAUUCUCCCCAUAGAUUGAUCCUCAUUAUUCUACUGAGCAAAUGAGAUUUAGACAGAUUAAGCAGCUUGUCCAAGGCAUUCAGUUCAUAAGUGACUGAACCUACUUUUGAACCUAGGUUUGCCAGACUCAUAGUUGGAUUUUCUCGUAAGUGGAUUUUCUGGAUUUACCUUAAAAAAAAAAAAAAUUGCAAAUAACUUUGCUGGAACCAUUUGAGAAGAAGUUGCCAACUUGAUGCCCCAUUACUCCCAAAUACUUUAGUGUUUAUUUUCUACAAGAACAUUUUUUUUGGUAACUAAAAUAAAAUGUCCAAAAUCAGGAAAUUAGCAUUGAUAGAUUGUUAUCAUCUAAUCCCCAGAUUUAAUAUUGUUUUUCAUAGCACAUGUCCCCACAGUGUCUGUUUAUUUCCUUCUGGAACAGUUCCCUAGACUUUUCCUGAUGUUCAUGAACUUGGCACUUUUGAAGAUGACAAACCAGUUAUUUUGUUGUAUUUUCCUUGAUUUUAUUUUAUCAGUUAUUUCCUCAUGUGAUGCAAGCAGUGUACCUUUGCAGUAAUAUCAUAUAUAUUAUGUUGCUCUCAUUGUACUCUGUUGUUACAGGGCACACAUUUUCAGUUUGACUCAUUGCUAAUGAUAACCUCUCUUACCACUUUAUUGGGGUGAUACCUGCUGGGCUUCAGUACUGUAAAGUUACUCUUCUUAUUUUUGUAAUUAAUGUUUUGUGGGAAUGUAUUUUAAAACUAUGUAAAUAUCCACCUUUGUGACACUGUUUACUCAUUAGAUUUGUAUCUACUUAGACUCACAGUUUUCUGUUUUAUUCAGUGGAUUUUGAUCUUCUGUUACCUGUUUUGAUGCCCAAAUUGUCCUAGAUUUGGCCUAUAAGAGUGUCUUUAUGCUUUCUGUGUCUAUUUUGAGUAGUGUCUUUCUUUCUGGCACAAGAAAGAUAUUCUAAGCUCACCUUGUACUUUCCCUAUCCCAGCCCUAGCUCAUCAGUCAUAUCUCUAAGGAGCCUUGGUUCUUUUUAAUGGAAAGAAGUAUUUAGAAGCCAAGAUCUGGGUAAUCAGUGUGCUCAUUACCAUUGAGGUGUUGCUACUUCCACAUCCUUUCAGUGGAUACAUUUACAUUUACCUAUUUUUUUUUAAUGUUUAUUUCUAUAUUUAAAUAUACUGAAAAUUGUGAAUUAGUACUGAUAACUUCAGUUCCAGCCCAGUACCUCAGGAUUCAUUCUAGUUUUCUCACUUUCUUUUUUAGUAUUCUCUUACAACAAGAAACUUGGUUUCCAUUAUCCUUGAUACACUUAAAUGAUUGGUCUUCUUGUAUGUUAUCAACCUCCUGUCUUUGACACUAUUUUCUCCCCUUCAUGGGUGUCCUCUUUUUCCUUUUUGGGUGCUGACUCCAUGUUCCAGACACUUCUUGUCUUUUGAUGUAGACACCCUUCUCUCUCCACAUGGGCUCUUAAGUAAAUUUUCUUAAUGAUUUGAUUGUACUAACACAGUUCUUUUGUUCGGUGUUUUUGCUGCCACACGUAAGUUGUAAUGUUAAAAGUUCUCAAAAAUGAUUGCCCUGCUGGUAGGAGAGCACCAACUAGGAUAUCUAAAUGGGAGGAAUUGAAGAUUAGAACUGAAAAAUAACAUUUCCUGGGAUCAUCCUGGGUCAAUAAUUAGUAUUCUGCAAGUGAUCACAGACUAGAAUUGUUCUUUUGACAAGAAAUCGGGACUUAAUGCUCUGUCUCUAGAAGUCUCAUUAGAGAUUUAGAAGAAAAACAAGUUUUACUGUUCUUUAGAGGAUGUAGAAUGAGAUAUGUUCCUGAGUAGGCGAGAGGGCUAGGAAUGGAUGGGAAAAAAAGAAUUUUUAUUAAAAGUACUAAUUGGAUGAGGCCUAACCAUUGAUAUGAUAUUAUGCAUUCAGUAAGCCAAACAAGAUAGAGAGUUGGGUUAGGGAAUACUAGAUGCAGAGACUCCUCCUUAGAAGGGUGAAAAAAAGCAGACCACCUGACAGAGGAUCGGUAGGAAGUCUGAAGCUGGGUUGUUAAUAUGUAGUUGUGGUGUUGGUAAUAUUUGGUGUGUGCUGCUCCAUUGGGAAAAUAAGCAGUAAGGAUGGCUAGCAGUUACUAUGAGAGAGGCUUUAAAUCUUUUCACAGUGAGAAAUGGAACAGGGAGUAAGCAAGACUGGCACACUCAUUCCCAAGACCACAUGUUUUCUCAGACCAAGUUGAUAAAAUUUAUUCAAACCCUGCAUUAAGAAAAUUUAAGCCUGGGCCGGGCACGGUGGCUCAAGCCUGUAAUCCCAGCACUUUGGGAGGCCACGGCGGGUGGAUCACGAGGUCAAGAGAUCGAGACCAUUCUGGUCAACAUGGUGAAACCCCGUCUCUACUAAAAAUAUAAAAAAUUAGCUGGGCAUGGUGGCACGUGGCCGUAAUCCCAGCUACUCGGGAGGCUGAGGCAGGAGAAUUGCCUGAACCUGGGAGGCGGAGGUUGCGGUGAGCCGAGAUCGCACCAUUGCACUCCAGCCUGGGUAACAAGAGUGAAACUCCGUCUCAAAAAAAAAAAAAAGAAAAUUUAAGCCUUUUCUUUUCUUUUCUUUCUUUCUUUCUUUUUUUUUUUUUUUUAAGAUGGGGUCUCUCUAUGUUGCUUGGGCUGGUUCUAAACUCCUGGCAUGGUGCAAGCCACCAUGCCAAGUUGACCCUAUGUGUUUGAAACACCUAAGAGUGUGUCCAGCAAUCUGGCAACAUUAUGAAUUCCUACCCCUUAAAUUAUUAUUAUUAUUAUUAUUAUUUUUUGAGACAGAGUCUCACCCUGUCACCAAGCUGGAGUGCAGUGGCACAAUCUAGGCUCACUGUGCAGUCUCCACCUCCCAGGUUCAAGCAUUUCUCCUGCCUCAGCCUCCUGAGCAGCUGGGAUUACAGGCAUGCACCACCACGCCCAGCAAUUUUUUUUUUUUUUUAAAGUAGAGACAGGGUUUCACCAUGUUGGCCAGGAUGGUCUUGAUCGCCUGACCUCAUGAUCUGCCUGUCUUGGACUCCCAAAGUGUUGGGAUUACAGGUGUGAGCCAUGGUGCCUGGCCUAAAAUUCUUAAAGAUAUAAUUCAGUGCAGUUAAACAAACUGCAGUCACGUGUCACUUAACAAUGAGGAUACGUUCUGAGUGAACUUCCUUGAGUGAACUUCCACAAACCUGGUUGGUGUAGCCUACUAUACACCUAGGCUAUCUGGUAUAGGCUAUUGCUCCUAGGCUACAAACUUGUGCAGCAUGUGACUAAUACUAUAGGCAUUUGAAACACAGUGAUAAGUGUUUGUGUAUCUAAACAUAGAAAAGGUAUAGUAAAAGUACAGCAUUGUAAUUUUAUGGGAUCACUGUCAUAUAUGUGGUUCAUCAUUUACAGAAAUGUUAUGUGGCACAUGACUGUUUAUGCUAUUUGGAGUAUUUUUAAGCAAGAGAAAGAUGUAUUAGGGAAUCAAAUACAGAUGCUUCUUGAUUUACAAUUAGGUUACAUCUUAGUAAACCCAUUGUAAGUUGAAAAUACCAAAGUCAAAAAAGCACUUAAUAACACUUAAGCUAACAAACAUCAUAGCUUAGGCUAUAACAUACCUUAAACAUACUGUAGUUGGGCAAAAAUCAUCUAACACAAAGCCUAUCUUAUAAUAAAGUGCUAAACCUCUCAUAAUUUAUUAAAUACUGUACUAAUGUGAAAAACAGAAUGGCUGGAUGAGUACUCAAAGUAUGGUUUGUACUGAAUGUGUAUUGCUUUUGUACCAUGGUAAAGUUGAAAAAGUAUGCAACUCAAACCAUUCAAAAUCAGGGAACAUCUAUAUACAGUAGUGGUCAGAACGGUGAUUAACUCAGAACUAAAACGUGUGUGUGUGUGUGUGUGUGUGUGUGUAAUUGGUCCAGUGGUUACUGAAAUUUGCUUCAAUUUUUUUUUUUCUAUUUCACUGUACCGGACUUCAGUAAUUUGGUAGGUAUUUACUCCCUUAAAAUCUGAGGGAAACUGCUUCUUUGAUGGGAACCUUUCUUAGAUUAUUGCUCAAUAUUUAUUUUUAGGAAACAAUCAAAUCCCCUGUGGUUAUUAAAAUAAUUUAGUAUCAGGCCAGGAGCUAGUGACCCCAGGAGUUUGAGACCAUCCAGGCCAACAUGGUGAAAACUCCAUCUCUACAAAAAUACAAAAAAAACCCAAAAAUUCAGGAGGCUGAGACACAAGAAUCACUUCAACUCAGGAGGCAGAGGUUGUAGUGAGCUGAGAUGGUGCCAUUGCACUCCAGCUUGGGUGAUAGAGCUCCCACCCCCAACAAAAUAAGUAUAAUAAUAAUAAAUAAUAAUUUAGUGUCAUUAAAAUCAGAGAAUUCAGAAGGCUUGUUGGGAUUUAAAGUCAUACCCAGAAGAGAAACAUAUAGGUCAGGUAUCAAAAAUGUAUCAGAUUUUUCAUAAUGGGAAAAUAUGAACAGUUGGUAAGUCUGGGUAAAUGGUAUAUGGCAGAUCCUUGAAUUAUGCUUGUAGUUUUCAAAAGUUUGAAAUUAAGUAAAAAUUAAAAGCCGCAAAAGAUUUUGCAUGUCAAGGUUCUAGCCUGUUUCUUCUGGUGUACUGAGAGGCCAGAGGAAUCCAUUCUAGGGACUAAGUAUUGACAGAAUUUGGUUCUGUGGCAAGAAUUACCUAGUGUCCUAACACUAAACACUUUGGAAUCCUUGACUCAAAUUUCAGGACAAGAAAUAAAGAAAACUUGGAAUAGGAUUGGAAUGAAAUCUCCCAGUGAUUAUAAAAAACACUUAGUAUGUGUUGGUUUAGGACUAUCAUUUAUUUUUCCUCAGUUUUUCUGUGAUGAUCCACAUUGAAAAUUUGGAUUAAUGAUGUAGUUUGUGAUGUUGAUAUAAGUGUAUUUGUUCCUGGACAUUUGAGUGAUGGCUUUCAGCAUUAGGAAUAAUUUUUAGUUCUUAUUUGAUCAUAAUUAUUAGUCUCCAUUUUCUGUAAAGUGCUUUACAUUGAACAAAGUGCUUUUGUAGUUCUUGUUAAUUUUCACCCAUAAUCCAAGACCUUUUUUCCUAAGCCAUCUCGUGCCCCAGCCCUUACUUGCUGAACUCUCUUAUUGUAUAUACUGAACACAUUUUUAAAUUGAAGAGAUACUGUUCUGUGUAUCUUGGCAGGGGAAUGAGUCAUGAGUUGGCCAGUGUCUCACUAGUUGAGAUUAAAUUUUUGCUUGUACUUGUUGAUUUGACUGUCUUCUGAGUAGUAUUAGGAAGACAUUCUAAAUUUGUUGUUGAUGCCUGAAGUUUUCCAGCACAUUUCCUUAUGUUGCCAAGUUCUUCUGCAGUGACUGAAUCCACUCUUCAUUCCAGUCAGCAGUCUCACACUUAAUUCCAAGGUUUACUUAAGAUUUUUUUCCUGAAACAGCAAUGCUUGCUUUUAUAUUUGCAUAUUUUUCUCUGUCUUAGUAGCAGAAACAAGGGCUUCAUUUUGCAUCUGUAUCAAAUUCUUCUCAUUGAUAUAUCUUGUCUUUAUUAGUUAUUUUCUAGCUGAGCGCAGUGGUUCACCUGUAAUCCCAGCACUUCCGGAGGUCAAGGCAGGAGGAUUGCUUGAGCCUAGGAAUUCAAGACCAGCCUGAGCAAAACCCCAUCUGUAUAAAAUUUAAAAAAGAAAUGAGCCGAGUAUGGUGAUGUGUGCCUGUAGUUUCAGCUACUUGAGAGGUUGAAGUGGGAGGAUUUUUUGAGCCCAGAAGUUGGAGGCUGCAGUGAGCUGUGAUCUUGCCACUGCACUCCAGCCCGGGUGAUAGAGCAAGACUCUGUCUCAAAAAAAUUAAAAGAAAAUAAUAAUACUUGCUUUCUAAGAUGAUUUUUGGUUGUAUAGGAGGGAAAGAAAAUAUAGAAUAUGAAAGUUAGUUGUAUAUGCUGAGUUUUCCUCUCCCUUCCUUUGGGUUAAACAGCCUCGCUCCUAUUUAUUUUAACCUGUUUGCAAUUUAUUAGGCCUUGUAGGACCCAGCUGUUAUACCUCACUCAGCACAUUACCCAUUUUGCUUUUUUAAAGUGACUGAGGCAGCAGCUGUUCUUGCAGCUCCACACAGAAGGCCCACAUAAAGCUGGGCUUAGCACGAAAGCCCCACUCGAAGAGCAUUAAUUCACCAACCCAGUCUUUCUAUUUUGUUGGCCACUCAAAGUCUAUACUUGCCUCUGUGAGGCUUCAGAAAUAAUGGACGAAUCCUCUGUUAAUGAAAAUACACCCUCAGAUACCACAUACACUUCAAGUGUGGUAUUAGAAUAGCAGAUGUGGCUGCUCAGCUUAUUUUGGACUUUUGUAAGUAUAUGGAAGUGUGAGAAUGUUCAUUUUGAGAAUCUAUAAAGAGUUAGGACUUACAGGUAUGAUUUGAAACACCCAAGAAUAUCUCUUGGAGUCACACACAAUAGCUAUUAUUUUAGUUGAAUGAGAUUGUAUUUAACAGAUUGCUAGUUGGACCAGGUGCUAUAUACUUUAUUCCCUCUCUUCCCUUUGUAAGGCUUUCAGGCCUAUUAAUUUUUUUUGUUCGUUUGUUUUUUGUUUUUAUAACAUUGGGGUAAGUGUUUAUUUUGGCUGAAGGUACUUUAAAUGGGUGGAUGAGUGACAGAUAAUAUUUGUCUUCACUAUUGACUGUAAACUGGGAUUAGAAUAGUUUUUUGUUUUUUUUUAAACAGUCAACUAGAAACAUGUGCUACGAAGUCAAUAAUUAUGACUUUAGUGAAGAUUCCACUUAAGUGAAAAUCUGAAUUAUUCAUGCAAUUUGCCAACAUUUAUAUCCAUUAAUAAAGUGGUAGUUUAUUUUGAAAAAAAAAAAACAAAAAACAAAAAACAAAAAAACUUUGCACUUAGUUUCUGUUGGCAUUUCUCUCCCUCAAGUUCAUUUGUCAACGUUAUCAUGAAUAUACUCUGUCAGUAUAUUCAUGGCGUUUAAUUGUUUCACUGCUUUUUCUUAGUUUCUGAGUUGCUGGUUUGGUAAAACUGUCAUGAUAUUCUUCUCUGUCAGUUUUCAAAUGUUCCAAAGCGGGCAGAACAACUUUGAGUGCCAUAGAUUAUUAAUCGCCCUUUGCAGAGUAGUUAAAUAUACCCAGGGUAAAGGAAAUUUUAUGGGAGUAAAUUCUAUGCUCCAUUCUAGGUUGAUAGCAUUUGAAGCAAAUUUCAUUUCAUUGGUGGGUGGCCUCAAUAACUAACCUUUAAAAAGCGUGGAUUCGUAAAACUGUGUUACAACACCACUUAUGAAAAUAUCUGAAGAACUACAAAGUUGUGAAAGAGCUGUAGCAGUGCCCAAUACAACUUUUUGUAAUGAUAGAAAUGUUCUCUAUCUGUGCUCUCCAACAUGGUAGUUACAUGUGGUUAUUGAGUACUUCAGAUGUGGCUAGUGUGACUUACAUUUUCCAUUUUAUUUAAUUUUAGUUCAUUUAAAUAGCUACAUGUGCCUCUUGGUUCCUGUAUUAGAUAGCACAGCUUUGAAGCAUUACACUGAGUACCUAAGCUAGAGUUUGUGAGAAAAAGUGAUCCUUUGUGAUUUUCUUGAAGGUGAAGGCCUCCAUAUGGCCUGGAGUGAGAAAUUGUUCAUGACUUGUCUUGAUUUUUUCAUGAAAUAAUUUAAGGACUGUCUUCUCCUUCAAAUCUGGGAAAAUUCUGAAAUGUUCUUUCUCAUCUACUUAGAAAGAAUUUACUGUCACUUUCAAUGAGCAAUACAGUGGCCAGUAUAUUGUGUUGUAGGUUUGAUUAGUACUCUAUCUCAGAGAGAGAGCUUUAGUGACCUGAGAGUUUAUUGCCUAUCUGCAGGAAAAUAAUAAACUUUUACUUUACUAAAAAUUGCCAGACUUGGAAGUAGAAAUAGCAGCUUUUGCCUUUCCACAACAAAUAAUUAUUCUUUUGGCUACUUCCCAUACCUGUCACCUUUACCUUCGUUAUUUUCUUUGAAAAACUUUCUACCCACAAGAUUCUGUGCUUUAAGAAAAUUUCAUAUGUAGGAGAAUUUGGGAGUGAUUGUUCACAAUAGUGUUCUUUUUAAGGUAGUCUUUUCAGGUUCCUCUAACUCCUAGCAGCCCUAAAGUUUUGUCAUUAACCUCAAGGUAUUCAAGUUGUCAGUUGAAGAUUAAUCAGAAAUGAAUCUAUGUAAACCAAUGGGAAUAUAGGUUAGUGUACCAAAACAGUAUUUUUUUUUUUUUUUUUUUUUUUUUUUAGACAGAGUCUUGCUCUUUCUCCAGGCCCCAGGCUGGAGUGCAGUGGUGUGAUCUCUGCUCACUGCAACCUCCACCUCCUGGCUUCAAGCAAUUCUCCUGCCUCCUGAGUAGCAAAACAGUAUUUUUUAUCAUAUAUUGGGUGAAGUGAAGCAUACUAUGCCCAAGAAACUGUCCAGUUAGCCAUGAACUGCUGAGCGAUCUUCUCCUAUUUCCAUGUACUUCAUUAUAAGGUGCCUUAGUUUCUGUGCUUAUACUAUCACAGCACAAAAUUUAUUUUUGGGAAGUUUAAUAGAACUAAUGAGAUAACCAUAAUAAUGGUUUCACUCAAGUUCAUUUUGUGACUCAGAUGAAUGGUUCUUAGCAGGUGCUGCAAAAAGGCUAAUUUUGUCUUUUUAUAAAUAGGGUCUCACUUACAGCAGCCUUACUCUAUCCAUAACCCAGAUUACUCCAUCACUGAUAAAUAGGUUUGUAGGAAGAUUGGCUUGGUGGAGGGACUCACUACAACUUUUUUUUUUAAGUCUAAAAGCACUCAUGGUUGUAAUGUAGAAAACUAAGGGAAGUUUUGAAGGGCAUUAUUCUUAUUCAAGACGUGCUUUACUGGUAGUGUUGUAAAUGCUGAAAAAAAGGAGAAAGUUUUAUUAAUAGAGGUAGGAUAAUAGUCUGAAUUAGCUUAUGUGGUUUAUAUUUGAAACAUAUUUACAGUACAUUUAAAAAAUUUAUUGAGGUAUAUUUAACUUGUAUAUAUCCGAGAAAUCAUCACAAUUAAGAUAGUGAACAUAUUUAUCAUUUAUAAAAGUUUUCUCUUGCCCCUUUGUAAUCUUUCCCUCCUAUUUCUGCUUUACCAUUAUCUUAGGCAACCACUGUUCUGCUUUCUGUCACUAUAUAUUAAUUUGCAUUUUGUACACUUCUAUAUAAAUGAAAUCAUACAUUAUUAUUAUUAUUUUUUGAGACAAAGUCUUGCUCUGUUGCCCAGGCUGGAGAGCAGUGGCGUGAUUUUGGCUCACUGCAACCUCUGCCCCUCCGCUGGGUACAAGCGAUUCUCAUGUCUCAGCCUCCUGAGUAGCUGGGAUUAUAGGUACCUGCCACCAGGCCUGGCCAAUUCUUAUAUUUUUUAAUAGAGAUGGGGUUUCACCAUGUUGGCCCAGCUGGUCUCGAACUCCUGACCUCAAGUGAUCUGCCACAGCCUCCCAAAAUGCAGGGAUGCCUUACAGGCAUGAGCCACUGUGACCAGCCUACAAUGUUGAAUAGAGGUGGCGAGAGCAAACAUCCUUUUCUGUUGCUGAUCUGAGAGGGCAAGCUUUUAGUCUUUCACCAUUAAGUAUGAGAUAAGCUAUACGGUUUUCAUAGAUGCUCUUGAUUAGGUUAAGGAAGUCCCCUUUUAUUUCUGGUUUGCUGAAUUAUUUUUUUAAUUUUCAUUUUUUUCCCAAAUCAAGAAUGAAUGUUGAACUUUGUAAAAUGCUUUUUCUUUUCUUUCUUUCUUUUUUGUUUUUUUGGAGACAGAGUCACACUCUGUCACCCAGGCUGGAGUGCAGUGGCAUGAUCUCAGCUCAUUGCAACUGCCGACUCCUGGCUUCAAGCAAUUCUCCUGCCUCAGCCUCCUGAGUAGCUGGGGUUACAGAUGCCCACACCAUGGUCGGGGAAUUUUUGUAUUUUUAGUAGAGACGGGGUUUUUGUCAGUCCGAUCUCGAACCCCUCAUUUCAAGUGAUCUGCCUACCUCAGCCUCCCAAAGUGCAGGGAUUAUAGGUGUGAGCCACCAUGCCCUGCUGUAAAAUGAUUUUUCUAUGUCUGUUGAGAUCAUGUGGUUUUUCUCUUUUAAUUUGUUAAUGUAAGGACUUAAUUACACUAGUUGGGUUUCAAAUAUUAAAGCAAUCAUGCAUUUUUGGAAUAAAUUCCAUUUGGUUGUGAUGCACUAUAUUGUUGGAUAAAAUUUUGCUGAGAAUUUUUGGGUCUAUAUUUCAUCAUGGAUGUUAGUCUAGUUUUAUCUUGUAAUGUCUUUGUCUGGUUUUGUUAUUAGAGUACUUCUGAACUCACAGACUGAAUUAGAAAGUAUCCCUUUCUCUUUAAUUUUCUGUUAGGAGUUUGUUUAGAGUUGCUGUUUUUUCUUUAAAUGUUUGGUAAGAUUCACGAAUGAAGCCAUCUAUACAUGGCACUUUCUUUGUCAGAGGGUUUUAACUGCAAAUGCAAUUACUUUGAUAAAGGUAUAGGGCUAUUCAGAAAUACCUAUUUCUUCUUGAGUGAGCUUGUCUUUCAGUUAAUUUGUACGUUUCCUGUAACUUAACAUAUAUGGCAUGAAGUUGUUAAUAACAUUUCAUUAUGUUUUUAAUAUCUCUAAAACUAGUGAAGACGCCUCUCAUUUCUGAUAUUGAUAAUUUGUGUCUUUUUUUCCCCCUAGUCGGUCUAGCUAGACGCUUAUCAAUUUAUUGGUCAUCUCAAAGACCCCUCUUUUGGUUUCAUGGCUUUUUCUCUUUUUUUGUUUCUUGACUUUCCACUUUAAUCUUUAUUAAUUUCUUCUACUUUGAGUUUAAUUUUUUCUUAUUUUCUUCUUUCUUAAGGUCAGAACUGAGUUUGAUUUGACAUCUUUUCUAAUAAAGAUACUUAAUGCUAAAAUUUUUUAGCUCGUUACUGCUUCAGUGGCAGCCUACAAAUUCUGCUGUGGUGGUGUUUUAAUAUCCAUCUCUGCUAAUUCUAACAUCUUCAUCAGUUCUGAGUUGGUCAUGAUUAUUCUUUUCAUGGUGGGUCAUGUUUUCUUAAAUCUUUGUGUAUUUGAUUAUCUGUGUUUGGGUGGCAGAUAUUGUGAGAUUUACUUUGUUGGGUGCCACAUAUUUCUGUAAACCUACAAAUCUUGAGCUUUGUUCUAAGAUGCAGUUAAGUUACUUGGAAACAAUUUCAUGUUUUGGAUGAAAUUUCAUUUUUUGGCUUGAAUGGGGUGUGUGUUUAAAGGUGGGUUUGGGGAGGUGCUCAGUAUGGAGUUAACUGUUCUCUACUUCCAAGAUUAGACCUUCUUGAGUACUUUUUGCAAUAGCCCUGAAUUAUGAGUUUUUCCAGUCUGACAUUGGGCAUAGGCCCUAUUCCUUGCCUUCUCUAUGUGCAUGUCAAGCCCUGUCAAAACAAUCCAUUAUGAUGGUUCUCUCCCUGGCUGCAGAUAGUUUUUUCAUAUGCAUGUACUGACUUGUACUUGGCUGAAUAAUCAGGACCCUCUCCUCAUAUACAACUCUUUCUUGCAUGUUUUUCUGUUCUGUGAACUCUUGCUGCUUUGUUCUUGUCAGGGCUUUUAGCUCAUUUCUUUAACUCAGCACGUCUGCUGAGUAGGCCCAGCUAUAUAAUUAGCAGGGCCCAGUGUAAAAUGAAAAUGUGAGUCUUUAUUCAAAGUUACUUAGUUUCUUAAAAUUCUAAUUUUAAUCAGAUCAUUAAAACAAGCCCUACACCCUUCUGAGCUGCAGCUGCACAGGUUACAUGGCUACCAAAGCAGGACUGCUGCUGGACUCCACUUCACAUUCCCUUCUCUGUUGCAUGGCCCAGUAAUUCUCUCCAGUGCAGUUAGCCAAGACAGUUGUAGGUCUCCUUUGUUUCCUGUCUCUUAGAGGUCACUGUCCUUUUCUUUGCCAGAUGUCCGGAGUCAUGAAAAUUGUAAUUUUUGUCUGUUUUUUUGUUUGUUUUUUUGUUUUGGUUGUUUCAGGCAAGAAGAUAAAUCCAGUCCCUGUUAACCUGCCUUGCUUGGAUGUAGUCGUUUUUAGUGUACAUUUUGUUUAAGGACUUUGUAUCUGCUUUUGUGUCAAACUAGGCACAAAUUUCUCUAUUUGGCCUCUUGGCUUGAUGCCUUGUUUAGAGCUGUUUGGGUAAAAUCUCUCGUAUCAUUUGCUGAUCUGUUUUCCAAUUUGUUUUCCUGGUAACAUCAACUCAUUUUCUGAAUUGUAUCACUUGAUUUCAAGCAAGUGUUAGCUUGGUGCUUGAAAUCAAGCACCUUUCUACUGCAUUUAAAUGCAAACUGCCAAUGGGUGAGGACAAUUCUCUUUUUCCACUUUCUGUAUAGUACAUUCCCUUGCAGCAUUUGAUCGGCAUUUGUGCAGCAAGGUAUUAACAGCUUUUCAGAUAUACCCUGCCCUAUUAGCAAGAAUAUACAGUGAUACAAAAAUGAAUUUGUCAAGAGUUUUAUGGCUUCAUGAUCUAUCAUACAAUAUUAAUCCUGCUGCAGUUUGUUAUUAAGUCAUUUUUCAUCUCCCCUCAAAUUAAUGUUGACGUUCUAUUACUGGAUUUGUUCUUGUCCCCAGAUUAAAACAUAAAGGAAAAAAGUCUUCCCUGCUACAAUAUUAAAAUUAAUUGUAGGGUAAGCAGUACCUAGCUUGGUGAAGUAGAUUCCUGCUGGAAAAUUUAUAACGGGAAUUUAUUUCUCUGCUUUCUAUUUGUUCUUGUGCACAAAAAAGCACAAUUGGAAUAUACUUCUAAGGGCACCAGGAGAACAUAGCAAGGAGCAGGGGGUAAAUUUAAAGUACAGAGUUUUCUAAAAGGGAAAUGAGAAAUCAGCAGUCUGAGCCUAAGGCAACCAUAACUUAGCUGGUACUUCCAGCCUAGAGGCUGAUAGAGACACUUGUGGUGAUAGAUGUAUAGGUAGAAGAAUUUGGGCUGACUUAGGAUACUCUUUUGUUCAUAGGAAUAACUUGUUUCUUAUAUUUAGAGACAUUUGGGGCACUUAAACAUGAUGAGGUCAACACUUAUAAAUCAGAGUAUGACCUUGUUCAGAUGUCUGGAGUGAGAAGACAGUUGUUAACCUUUGUUUCAAAAUUUGGACUAAGUGAUGCUUUUCUGUGAAUGUUAUUUAUUUAAAGUAACUAUUUUUACCCAUAUUGAAGCUGGGAUCAGCUUCAUGUCUAUGACCGCUGUAAUGAGAUCUUAGGGUAUUGUGAAUUUUGGUCAUGGUUAGGUAGGUGCUUUAGAAUACUAAUUGUUACUGUAGGAUCAUAGAGUUCUCAAGAAGUUUUGUUAUAAAUUCUAAAUUUAAAAUAUUUAUGUAAUAUGUAUAAAUAUAUAUGUAUAUUUUUGAUGUGAAACACCAAAAUAUAUAUAGAGUAUGACUUUAGGUGGUGGCUUAUGGGGAAAUAAUGUUAUUUAAAACAUUUUUCCUUGUAGAAAAUCAACAUGAAUUGUGUAAACCAAAAGAGUAUCUGAGAAGUCUCAGUCAAUUUAGGAAGUCUGUUUUGCUAGGGUUAAGGAUGCACCUGUUACAAAGCCUCAGAAGGUCCUAAUUACAUGUGCCCAAGAUGGUUGGGGCACAGCGUGUUUUUUAAUACAUUUUAAGGAGACAUGAGACAUGAAUAUAUAUAAGAUGUAUAGUGGUUCAGUCUGGACAGCUCAAAGUAGGGAGAGGGCUUCUGGGUCCUAAGUAGGUAAAUGACAGUUUCAUUCUUUCCAGUUUCUGAUAGCCUUUCACGGAAUAGGCAACUUACAGAAAUAGUCAUUUAAUAACUUAGUCUGGCUUAGUGAAACAAUAGCACAAAGGAAGCAAUCAGAUAUGCAUUUGUCUCACAUGAGCAGAGGGAUGACUUUGAGUUCUGUCUGUCCUUUGUCCACAAGGAAUGUCCUUUUGGGCAAAUUUGUAGGCCAAAGGAGUUAUGUAGCUUUUUUUAAUCAUUGUAGGUAUCUUAUUUAGGGAUAGAAUGAGAGGCAGGUUUGGCAUAUGCAGUUCCUGGCCUGACUUUUUCGUUUUGGGGUCCUGAGAUUUAUUUUCCUUUCACAGUUGUACAAUAAAAAUUUAGCCAGCUAUAUAUAUAUAUAUAUUUACAUUUGUAAAUGACAUAAGCAGUGGAGCAGCCUUCUAGAGGGUGAAAGAUGAUGGAAAUACAGUCAUGUAAUAUACCAUCCUUAGAGUGUGGGUUUUUUUUUUUUAAUAAAGUUAAUUGUAAAAUAGCCUCAGGCAGCUCCUUCAGGAGGUAUUCCAGAAGAAGGCAUUGUUACCAUAGGAGAUGAUAGCCUGUUACUGCCCCUGAAGACCUUCCAGUGGGAAAAGGUCCUUGUUGAGGUGGAAGACAGUGAUGCUGAUGAUCCUGGCCCUGUGUUAGCAUAGGCUGACGUAUGUGUUUGUGUUGCAGUUUUUAACAAAAAGUUUAUAGAGUAAAACAUGAAAUAAAAAUGUUUUAAAUUAGAAAAAAGCUUAUAGAAUAAGGAUAUAAAGAAAAUAUUUCGUAUAGCUGUACAUUGUAUUAGUGUUGUAAGUUAAAUGUUAAUACAAAAGAGUCCAAGGUUUAAAAAAUUUAAGUUUAUAAUAUAAAAAAUUACAGUGAGCUAAGGUUAGUUUAUUAUUGUAGAAGGAAAAACAUUAAAAAAAUAAAUUUAGUGUACCAUGUGUACAGUUUAUAAACCCUGCAGUAAUGUGCUGAGCACAUUUACUGACUAUUCACUUACCCACAGCACCUUCUAGUUCUGUAAGCUCCAUGCAUGGUAAGUGUCCUAUAUAGGUGUACUAUUUUUUAUCUUUUUUUUUCCUUAAGACAAAGUUUCACUCCUGUUGCUGAAGCUAGAGUGCAGUGGUGUGAUCUCAGCUCACCACAACCUCUGCCUCCCAGGUUCAAGUGAUACGCCUGCCUCAACCUCCCAAGUAGUUGGGAUUACAGGAGCUUGGCACCAUGCCAGGCUAAUUUUUAUUUUUAGUAGAGAUGAUGUUUCUUCAUGUUGGUCAGGCUGGUCUCAAACUCCCAACCUCAGGUGAUCUGCCUGCUUCAGUCUCCCAAAAUGCUGGGAUUACAGACAUGAGCCACCACUGUGCCCGGCUCCCCCACUCUCCCCACUUUUUAAAACAUCUUUUAUAUGGUGUUUUUACUGUACCUUUUCUAUUUUCAGAUAUGUUUAAACAAAUACCGUUGUUUUAUAAUUGCCUGCAAUAUUCAGUACAGUAACGUGCUUAUACAGGUUUGUAGCCCAAGAGCAAUAGGCUAUACCAUGUAACCUUAAAUGUAUAGUAGGCUACACUAUCUAGAUUUGUGGAGUUCACUCUAUGAUGUUCACACAGCAAUGAAAUUGCAUUUUUCAGAACAUAACCCCAUUGUUCAGCAACACAUGACUGUACUUUGGGCAGUGCAGUGAAAAAAACUGAAGGAUAAUGAUUUAUUUCAUGAUUGCAUCAUCCAUCAGUGUAGGUGAUUCCAUCAUUUUUCUUGUCCUUAUUUUAUGGUCUUUUUGAAAGCAUAUUAGAUAUAAUUGAUGAGUAGUGGUAACUCUCUGAAUGAUGAAAUGUUAACAUGUUUCAAGAUAUAGGAAAAGUAAGAUCACUAAACUUCUAUAAUGUGUCUUUAUAAAAUGAGUCAGAUGGACCAGUAUGGUAAUUGCAAGACAGAGCGUUCAAUUUCUUCCAGUGACUCAAAGAAUAAAGGUUAUGAAAUGCCAAUUCUUACAAUUAGUUAGAACUGCUGAGAAAGAAACUCAAAAUUAAAAUUGAGUCAGAUGAACUAAGAGUUAAGAGCUUUAAAGGUAAAACUUUCCAGGUUUCCCGUUGUACAUAGGAGAAGAGGGAACAUAUUAUCAGUGCCAGAGCCAUGGGUUAGAAUGGAGGCUCAGAUGUGCGGUCUUAGCUUUCACAUUCCCUCAGGCUGUACUAGAAAGCAAACUAAAAAUUUGAACAACAUUCAUUUCCUUAUGAGUUCCUCUAUAGUUGAUGGUAGAAUGUAAUGAUGGUGCUUUCUGAAAACCUUUAAAUUGUAUUUGAUUAUAUAAAUUGAACAAAACAGUAUUUCACUGCUUGUUGGCAGAAAUCUUUAUCUUAAAAGUGAUUUAUUUAAAACUUCUACUGAAGCCCAGUGGACUUCCACAUCCUAGCAUCCAGGUGUCCAGUACUCUUGUCUACAAGCAUGAGCUACUCUUCCAGAGUCUAAGGCAGGAUUCAGCUAGAUCCAACUAAGCUGGUCUGAACAAGUGGAACGGACCAGUUGUAGUUGUUGUCAGUGCAUCUCCCUUUUGAGAUUAUAGAAGCCCGGGACUUAGUCUGUUAAUUAUCAGAGAAGUCAUUGCUGUAUGUGUUAAAUGUUCAUGGGGCUACUGCAGCAGUUAUACUUUUUUCAGCAGUCUCAAAAAGUUGAAUAUGAAAAUUAUCUGAAAAAAUUAAAAAGGGAUGGCUUAUUUCUGUUCAACUAUAUGACUUCCAGUACUUGAGUUUUAUUUUCUCUCAGUCUCUAGCUUAUUAAAUAAAGAUCUGGAAACUAGGCAAUGAGUGUUCAUUGAGCAUCAGGUAUGUAAGGCACUAGAGUAAUGUGAUACUCAAGGGAAUUCUUUUAUUAAAAAAAAUUUAGCAUCCUGACCAACAUGUUGAAACCCCGACUCUACUAAAAAUACAAAAAUUAUCCAGGUGUGGUGGCACGUAUCUGUAGUCCCAGCUACUCGGGAUGCUGAGGCAGAAGAAUUGCUUGAACCCAGGAGGCAGAGGUCACAGUGAGCCGAGAUUGCACCACUGUGCUCCAGCCUGGCGACAGAGUAAGACCCCGUCUCAAAAAAAAAAAAAAAAACAAAAAAAUUUAAACUGAGUGUGGUGGCAUGUGCCCAUAGUCCCACCUACUCAGGAGGCCGAGAUAGGAGGAUCAUUUGGGCUCAGGAGUUUGAAGCCAGCCUGGGCAAUGUAGCAAAAUAAAAAAUAAAAUAAAACAAGCAUUUCUUUGUAAUGAAAUAACUCAGUUUAACAAGUAUUGAUACAUUAAGAUCGUAAGCUCAUGCCUGUAAUCCGAGGAUUUUGGGAAACUGAGUUGAGCGGAUUGCUUGACCCCAGGGAUUUGAAACCAGCUUGGGCAACAUGGCAAAAUCCUGUCUCUAUUAAAAAAAAAAGAAAGGCCUGGUGGCACUUGGCUGUGGUCCCACCUACUCUGGAGGCUGAGGUGGAAGGAUUAUUUGAGCCCAGGAGGUUGAGACUACAGUGAGCCAGGAUUGUGUUACUGCACUCCAGCCUAGCUACACAGUGAUACUGUCUCCCCAAAAAAAAAAAACAUAAGUAAAGUUUAGGUUGGUGUUAUUACUUAAGGUUCACAGUGCCACCAGCAUAGUAGAGCACACGUAGUUGAGAAAGAAAAAAGGAACAAAUAAAGGAGAAUUAAGUUAGAAGAGGUAGAUGAGACAGGAGAGGCAGAUGUUUGUCAAAUUGUGAAGCUAUGUGAAAUUUGCUUUUUAUUAUUCUAGUCUCUUUUAUACCUGAAAUAUUUUGUAAUCUCAGGUCCAUCCAUCUAACAAGUCUUUAUCAAGCACCUCCUGUGCUAAAAGCAUUGUGUUGCUGUCCAAAGACUAAAAUAGAUAACCAGCUCUCUCAGGGACAUUUGUAUUUUAAAAAGAAAACUCAAAAGUAGAUAGACAUUGUCUGCAGAAACGUUUGAUUUGGCCCGCAGUAUUUUCAAAGUAGGGGAAAUAUCAAAUAAAUUCUGAGUUUGGCUUCUUUUUACAAAAUACACAGGUUUUUCCUUUCUACAUUGCUUUGUGAUUCUGGUUGCCAGGAGUUGACUAGAUAUUGCCCUUUAGACUGGCAGGCAUCCCUGAAUUUGCCAGUCUAAAACUACUCCCUGUUGUCCUGAACCUAGCUUGCUUUACUCACUUAUGUUACCCACCCUGUCCUUUAGACAUUUAAAUUUGUGGUCUUUUUCCUUAAGUGUCUGAGCUCUCAUGGGGUUCAUCACCUAUUACCUAUGUGAGGAUUUAAAUGGAUUUUGGGGUGGUGGCAGCGGUUGCAUGUUAUUAUAGACACCAGAAAUUAUGUUCGGUAAGCCACUACCAGUACCUGCUAUCCAAAGAAUUACUUUCCUUAGGGAGUGAAGAAAUAACCACCAGAUUUUCUUAAAUGAGUUGUAGUUUUUUUAAUCCUUAGUUUAGUAGAUAAAAAUAAGAGUUUAAAUUAGUAAAAACCUGACUACUCUACGACCCCCUGUCUGUCCAGCUUUUUUGUUGACCUGGCUUUUAAAAUUACUUAUUUAUUUUUGCAUUUUGGCAGUUCACUUAAUUUACUCUUCUUUCUCUGUUUAAGAAAAUUCAAUCAUUGUAGCAAAGGAUGCGUCUCUGAAGAAGGCAGGAAUGUUACUUAACUACCCGUACAUAACCAGGAAGGAGUGUAUUUUCCCCUCAUUGUUAAUAUAGUGGUUAAAAGCAAAUUUGGUUUUUAUUUCAUAAUAUUGUUCAGCAGCCAGAUUAAAAAGCAAUUAAUACUUUAAGUAUUAAAACCACAGUUAGUUUUGUACCAUCCUAAUAAGUGACGAUUUUAUCAGUGGAAAAAAAAAUUGCAAUGUUUACUCAGUGUUCCAGGUACAGGGAAUACAAAGAUAAGUAAGACAUGGUCUCAUUCAGAUAGCCCACAAUUUAUCAAUGUUAAAAUUUACAUAUCCUGAAUAUAGGGCAGUGAUUUAUCUCUGAGAAUUAGUAGCCUUGAAAAUAUUUAAGAAUAUUUAGGCUGGAAUAGGACUUUACUUUGAAUCAGAUUAUGUGAUUCCUCCUGUAAAAUGUGAAAUUUAACCCCAGUUCUAGAAAACAAUAUAAAUACUCAGAACAAAGGAGCAGGGUCCGAAAGUGGGUGGCCACGGAACUCUGAGCAUGAGAGAAAUUCAUUUUUGUGAUACACCGAGUCAGAGGUUGCAGGUGGGGAAUACAUUUCUAGAUUUGGAAAAAAAUGUUUUAGUUUUGAAUUUGCUUGAGAAGUCCUCCUAAGUAACAUGUUCUAGCCUUUCUUUCAAUUAGUGAGUAUUGCCAAAAAUGUUUACAAUCAAAUAAGAAGUUAGCAGUAGGCAUAGAAUUUAUUUUAUAGAAUUUUGGACUCUGGAGUGAAUCGUUCUGAUUAAGAUGAUGAUACCUAUACUUGUGUAUAUCAGUGGGACUAUAAACCUGAAUAAACCUAAAAAUGUAGUAGGCAUCUCAAUAAAGUGAUUGUCCCCUUUCAAAUGGUUUUUCUAACUCACCUGCAGAAUCUUUGGAAACUUUAAAUAUCCUGGCCCUGCCCCAGAAUUAAUGCCUGAGUAAGCACUGCUGUUCUACCACAGAACUUCUGAGAUCAUUUGUUAGCACUUUGUUGAAUCACAAUGGAGAGGGAGGAAGAGGAGCAGGAGCCAGAUACUCAGGUUGGGGUGACAUUUCGACUUUUCGGAAAGCAACACAGAUGUAGUGACCCUCAGUGAUGGUUUGUUUGGUCUCAGCUGCCCUUCCAUUAGAAAGUUGGGAUUAUUACUGUUGGACAUGCUUUCAAAAUGAAAUAUCCUCUUUAAAAUAAUCUCUUGAAUGGAUUUAGUAUUUUCCAGAAAUAAAUUCUGAGUUUCUCAGACAAGUCUAGAGCUAUUCUAAGUACUUUCAUAUUCUUACUCUUACAUAGCAUGUUUUAAAAACUACUGGUUAAAGUUAUUGGAGUUAGAAGGAAAUAUUGUAUAAAUUAAAAAAUGUAAAAAAGUUUUUAAUGCUGCCUUAGAAGAAAUAUUAAUUUUGCCAAUAAGUAGAAAAAACUGGAAGCAAAGUUUCCAUAGUAAUGUUAUCUUUGCACUUACACAGCUGCAUUAUUACUACCCCAUUGGACUGUGUGAAUAAUGCUUUUUCCUAACAAAUGUAGAAGCACUUAGGAUUCUUUCCGUAUCGCUGCAUAUGAACAUUAAUAGUGUUUUCUAGUAAGCUUGUAAAUAUGUGGUCUCAGUAUGUGUCUCCAGUUUGACCUUUACGGUUUUGUUCCUGCCAGACUUUGUCCUUGCUGUGGUAUCUCGCUACUUUUCCUCAUCUACAGCCCCUGCCAGAAAUGUCAUUGCUCUGAAAAUUUUGUGUUUUGUUGUUCUAUGUCUCAAUUCCUAAUUAUGGAUUAUUUCCCCCCAUGUUGUUCAAGCUGCUCAUUUCCUCUCAAUAUAGCUUCUGUUUAUAAACUUACUGUUGUUUUGCAAAAUUAAAAUAUACUGCUUCCUAAAUGCUUACUCGGCUCCGUGUCUUUGAAGUCAGCCUCAUUCCGAGUUAAAACAAAUAUCUAACACUGAUUUGUCUUCAUAGUUCUGCUAGCUCUUGUUCCUGUUGGUUGUUUAAGGAUAUGGCCUUAACUUAGGUUCUUAGCUCCUUCUUUCCUCCCUCCUUCAACAUUAUUGCAUAUUUGCUCUAUGUUAGGGAAUCUUUUCGUCUCCAGAAAUAGAGCAGAGAGCAGCUUCCUGAGUGGUGUGCUUGUUUGCAUGUUUUUUUAAGGGUCUAGUUUUUAUUCAUUCCACAAAUAUUUAGCUGAACAUUUUUUACUUUCUUUUUUUUUGAGAUGGAGUCUCGUUCUGUCACCAGGCUGGAGUGCAGUGAUGCAAUCUCAGCUCACUGCAACUUCCGCCUCCCUGGUUCAAGCUGUUUUACUGCCUCAGCCUUCUGAAUAACUGGGAUUACAGGCAUGCGCCACCACGCCCAGCUGAUUUUUUUUUUUAUUUUUUUAAUUAGAGACAGGGUUUCACCAUGUUGCCCAGGAUGGUCUUGAUCUCCUGACCUUGUGAUCCACCCGCCUCAGCCUCCCAAAGUGCUGGGAUUACGAGGGUGAGCCACUGCGCCUGGGCUUUUUUUUUUUUUUUUUUGGAGAUAGGGUCUUGCUCUGUCCUUCAGGCUGGAGUGCAGUAGUGUGGUCUCAGCUCACUGCAGCCUUCACUUCUCGGUUUCAAGCAAUUUAGCCUCCCAUGUAGCUGGAAUAUCAGGCACCCGCCACCAUCUCGGCUCAUUUUUUUGUAUUUUUGGUAGAGACGGAGUUUCACCAUGUUGGCCAGGCUGGUCUCAAACUCCUGACCUCAGGUGAACCGCCUGCCUCGGUCUCCCAGAGUACUAGAAUUACAGGCGUGAGCCACCACACCUGGCCUAGCUGAACAUUUAAGGUAUACUUGAUACUAUCCUAGCAUAGGAAUAUAGCAGAAAGUCAAACGGGCAGUCUCUAUCUUAAAAUACCAUAGUCUGGGUGGCUAAAACAAUAAAUUUAUUCCUCAUACUGAAGGCUGGGAAGUCCAUGAUUAGGUUCUGGCCAGUGGGUUCCUGGUGAAGACCCUCUCCCUAGUUUACAGACACCUUCUUGUUUUGUCUACAUGGCAGAGACAGAAAGAGAAAGAUGUCACCUGUCUCGUUUCUUUUUAUAAGGGCACACUGAUCCCAUUCACUAAUACUGUUCAUAAGAACUUUACCUUCAUGACCUAAUUAGCCCCACAAGUCACCACUUUCUAAUACCAUCACAUUGAGCAAUAGGCUUUAACAUACGAAUUUUGGGAGGACACAAACUUUCAGUCUGUAGCAAUAGAUUAAGAUCAACCCAUAUAAAUUAGCUGGGGAAAGAGUGUUAGGCAAGGGUGACACCAAUUGCAAGGGACAUGAAGCUGCAAAUGUUGCAAGAUAUGUUCAGGAACAACAGAAAAGCCAGUGUUGGCUGGCACAGUAGUUCUUGUGAUUUUAUUUGCAUUUAAAUCUGGAAUCCAUUUGGAUGUUAAUGAAAUGCUGUUUCUAGAAGAAGGCUGUUGAAGCGAUACCCUAGAAAGUUAGGAUGCAGAGCCAGAGGCACAGUGCUCACCUCAUCUGGGACAUGGAGCAGUUUUCUUGAAGAGUUUCAAGAAAGGAUACAGUAAUGGAGACUAGCCUUGUCUCUUGCUUCUUACGUUUAUCCUCUGGGAGGAUUUCAUUGGCUGUUACUGGUAUAGCCCAAGGCAGUGGUUCUCUGGCUUAAGGGCUGAAUCAGCGUCAUCUGGAGGGCUUGUUAAACUAUAGACUGUUAACUAAGUCCCACCUCCAGAAUUUGACUCUCUAGGUCUGGGGAAGAGCCAGAGAAUUCAUUUUUAGCAAUUUUUCAGGUGAUGGUGAUAGUUCUGGACAAUACUUUGAGAAUCACUGGCCUAGGGUUUCUGAGCUUAAGCUCUGGAAUCGGAGGUUUGCAUUCAAAUUCCUGCUCUGGUAUUUACUAGACUGUGAUUUGGGGUACUGUUGUAUGUGUUUUCCCCCCCACCCUGCUUAAGCCACAGUUUGCUUUUCUUGAACCCAGGGCAUGUACUUCCUAGAGCUGCUGUGAAGACUAAGAGAAAUACUGUAUUAAUAGCACAUAAUUCAAACCUGGUAAGUAGUCCUAGUAAAUAUGAGUCACUGGUGCUUUUACUGAGCUCUUUUUGGUCAGAGUGUCUGACCCAGUGCUGCUCAAUAAAAAUACGUAACAUAAUUUUAAAACUUCUAGUAGCCAUAUAAGCAAAAUCAAAACAAGACAAAAUAAACAAAUAAUUUUAACACAACAUACAUGAAAUAAUUGUACAAUAUCAGUAUAAAAUGAUUAAGGUUUUAAAAUAUUAUUUUCUUUAUACUAAGUCUCUUAAUUUGGCGUGUCUUUUGUACUUAAGCACAUCUCGGUUCAGACCAGUCAAAUUUCAAAUGUAUAAUAACCACAUGUGGCCAAUGACUACUGUUUCUCAUGGUGCCAGUUUAACCAGCACUCUUUCUCACCCUUUCCUCUUGGCCACCUCCAUUAAAGAUUCUUAGUCUAAUUAGUUAUAGACAUGGAAGUAAACUUGUUUUAGUUAAUGCAGGAAGAAUGACCCCAGGCAUGGCAGACAUCCUUGACAGGCUUUUCUGUCUCUUAAAUGUUCAGUCAGGGCUAAGAGUUUGUUUUCCUGGGAGUCAGUUUUCACUAAAGGAUGUAAUGUCACUUAUAACCCAGUGUUCUUUCUCUUUUUUUAAGUUAUGUGGGUUUGAGUAUUUCCCACUAGAGAAGGGUCUCUGGAAACCCCAGGAGUCUAAGGAAUAACCCCACCUGAUUCUUAAAAGCUAGUCACAUAUGCUAACAUUGAUUUCCAGAACUCAAGUUUCUUGACUCAUUGGAGAGGCAUUUUCCUUCUAGGUCUGUGGAGACAGUUGUGAAGGAGUAUCUCCUUAGGACUUGUGAUUAUUUUUAUUUUAAAUUUUCUUUGAGAUAGAGUUUUACUCUGUCACCCAGGCUGGAGUGCAGUGGUGCAGUCUCGGCUCACUGCAACCUCUGGCUCCCAGGUUCAAGUGGUUCUUCUGCCUGAGCCUCCCGAGUAGCUGGGAUCACAGAUGCCUACCACUGUGCCUGACUAAUUUUUGUAUUUUUUGUAGAGAUGGAGUUUCACCAUGUUGGCCAGGCUGGUCACGAACUCCUGACCUCAGGUGAUCUACUUGCCUCAGCCUCCCAAAGUGCUGGGUUUGUUGUAGUUUUAAACAGGGAAAUUUGAUUUGCCCCUGUUUUUCUGGACAGUAGCAUAUUUCAAAGUCAUGUGUUAUACUUUUGUUUUUAAUGAAGUAUUCAUUUAGCAAAUAUCUGAGUACCCACUGUGUGUCUGUCACAGUUUUCUUAUGCUUUACAGACCUUAUUUUGGAGUUUCAUAUUUUUCAGUGAUUGUUGUUUAAUCUUUUAGUUUUUGUAUUGUAAGUUACUUAUUGAAAUCCUACCAGAAAGAGUUUUGGUUAUUAAACUUAUAUUUGUUGAGCAUUCUUUUGACAUUUAACCCAUUUGAAAAUAAAUAUAUGAAAUGUUAAGAUUUUCUUGCCUAUGGUGGUAAGUCAUGUUUGAUAAUACCUUUAAAUUUAUAAAUGGGCGAUAUGAUUUGCAUUUUUUUUAAAAUAAUACUCUUGCUGACUGGCCUUUUAAAAAUUGGGACUUGUAACUUAUGUAACAAGGUUUGAAAACUGUGUUGUUUUUUUAGACUAGGCUUUUAAAUUCAUUCACCCUUGAAGGGCUCUCUUUUGAAUUUGUAUUUCUAGGCAGUAUUUCCUAUGCUUAGAAAAAAAAAAGAACUUUAUAUCUUUGGUGCCCAUCAUGUAUCAGCAUUUAAUUUAUCUUUUGCCGCUGCGAGAAAAGUAAUGAUGAUUUAGGUGUGCUUGGCAAAAGAAGCAAAAACUAGUAGUGCAAAUAGAUGAGAAGACUGGAGCUCCAACAUCAUUCUUCCCCUCUAUCAACUUUAUUGUUUAGAAAGAUUCAAACCUACAGGAAAGUUAAAACACUAGAACAAUGAAUGCCUAUAUAUCUUUCACCGAGACUGACCAGUUACUCACAUUUCUCCACAUAUGCUUUCCCUCUUUUCUUCUCCAUUUUUUUGCUGGCUUGUAGCUGGUUGCAAACAUUGACAUUCCACUCUUAAAUUCUUCAGCAUAUUCUCCCCAAGAAUAAGGAUAAUUUUACAUAGACACAAAAACUAAAAAAUAUGUAAUACCUAAGAAAAAUAAUAAUAAUUCCAUAACAUUGAAUGUACAACCCCAUUCAGAUAUCUUUAAUUGCCCCCCAAAUGUUUUUUAUUGUAGUUGUAAAACUAAUCCAAGAUUCAAUCAAGGUUCAAGUGUUCGACGAUGUCUCUUUAUUUUAUUUUCAUCUAUGCUGGUUCCUUUGACAAUUUUUGUUUGUUUCUUUGUUUUUCCUAACAUUAAUUUUUUUUGAAGAGUCUAAGCCUGAUCAAAGUCUGUUUUAUACAGUGCCCAACAUUCUGGAUUCAUCUAAUUGGUUUCCUCACAGUUCAGUUCAGCCUAAACAUUUUUUGGCAAGAAUACUAUUAGAUGACACGCAUUUGUUACUGCAUCACAUCAAGAGUUCCAUAACAUCUGAUUGUGCUUCUCUUGGUAUUGCCACGUUUGAUCAUGUGCUCUAAGUUGAUGACCACCAGAUCAUUUCAUUGUACACAUAUAUUUUUCCAUCUACAAUUACUAUGUAAUCUGGUGAGUCCAGUCUCUCUUUAGGGUUAAAUAUUUUGUGGUUAAGAAGUAUCUUUUCAAUCAAGGAAAAAAACCCAGGUUAUUUAAUAGCCUAUGUCACAUAUUUAAAAUCUCCUUUAUGUGACAUAAUGAAACCAUAGAGCUAAAAAUAUAACCUUCGUUGAUUUCAGUUUACUUUUAAAAAAUGAUUGAUUGAUUGAUUUAGAGACUGGGUCUCGUUCUGUCACUCCGGCUGGAGUGCAGUGGUCCCAUCUCAACUCACAGCAACCUCCACCUCCUGGGUUCAAGUGAUUCUUGUGCCUCAGCCUCUCAGGUAGCUGGGAUUACAGGUGCAGGCCACCACGCCCAACUAAUUUUUGUAUUUUCAGUAGAGAUGGUGUUUUACCAUAUUGGCCAGGCUGGUCUUGAACUUCUGACCGCAAGUGAUCUGCUCACCUCGCUCUCCCAAAGUGUUGGGAUUACAGGCAUGAACCACUGUACCUGGCCUGUUUUAUUUUUAAAGAGACGAUUUUUCAGCCGGGCGCGGUGGCUCAAGCCUGUAAUCCCAGCACUUUGGGGGGCCGAGGUGGGUGGAUCACGAGGUCAAGAGAUCGAGACCAUCCUGGUCAACAUGGUGAAACCCCGUCUCUACUAAAGAUACAAAAAAUUAGCUGGGCAUGGUGGCGCAUGCCUGUAAUCCCAGCUGCUCAGGAGGCUGCGGCAGGAGAAUUGCCUAAACCCAGGAGGUGGAGAUUGCGGUGAGCCGAGAUCGUGCCAUUGCACUCCAGCUUGGGUAACAAGAGCGAAACUCCGUCUCAAAAAAAAAAAAAAAGACGAUUUUUCUCCAAAUUAUUGAUAACCUGAACUGUUCAUUGUUACCAAUAAAGUGUGUAUGCACAUUGCUCACUUCCUUUAAAAACUCAGGAAAUUUUUGUCUUUACAGACAACAUGAUCUUUUUUUAAUUUAUUUUUUCUUUCUAUUUUUUUAAUUAUACUUUAAGUUCUGGGGUACAAGUACAGCUCUUGUAGGAUUUUUACAUAGGUACACACAUGCCAUGGUAGUUUGCUGCAUCCAUUCCCCCGUCAUCUACAUUAGGUAUUUCUCCUAAUGUUAUCCCUCCCCAAUCCCCCUACCCCCUACUAUCCCUUCCCUAGCCCCCUCCAAUCCUCCAACAGGAACCGGUAUGUGAUGUUCCCCUCCCUGUGUCCAUGUGUUCUCAUUGUUCAACACCCACUUAUGAGUGAGAACAUGCGGUGUAAAAACUCAGGAAUUUAAAGUAGAACAAGUUUUCUGAAAUGUUUCAUAGCUUGCCUUUACCUUACUCAGAUCAAAAUUGUCAUGUGAGGAUUAUCUUAAAUGUAUAUUAUACAACACAGUAGUAUUUUUGUUUUGUUUAGCAUGCAACUCUAAAUUCUUUUGGCUUUUUGUCAUAUUUCCAUUUUUUUGCAAAGUUACUGAAAUCCUUGAAUGAGUGAAUGUUACCAACAAAGAUGAAUCAUUAUUGAACUACCACUCAAACAGGGUAUAUCAUAGGACCAGUAAAAGAAUUGGAUUUCUAACUUUUUUAAAAAAUGUUUGCAUUUACUUACUAGAACUAUGUUUCCGUGGUUCAAAGAACAAGUUGAUGGAGUGAGAGUGUGUGUGUGUGUGUGUGUGUGUGUGUGUGUGUGUUUUGGCUUCUGUUAGAAAACAAUAAGAUUACAUAACGAUUAUAAUGUUAUGAUUCUGAAGAUUGGAGUCAAUGGUGGAAAAAUUCUUAACAUAGGACAGCAGCUUAUUUCCCCUCCCAUAGUGGACCAAGGAAGUGGGAAAACACUCUUGUUUUUAUUUUUCUUAGAAUGGCUUCGACUCACAAUCAGCUUAGGCAGACCACCUGGUGUCUGCCUGUGAAUGGGAAUAUUUAUGAACAGUCUGAAGCAGUUCUUAAGUGUCCACUUCUUUGAUAAAGAGAGACUGCUUAUUUCAAGCUCAGACAUUACUAUUCUCUCAGAAAUUGCCGGCCAACACCCCCCUCAUAGUAGAAUGACUAAUUAUGAGCUGCAGUCUUAACAUUUUUCAUUGUUUUGAUGUUGUAUGCUUGGCAGGGUGUAGAGUACUUCUUUACUUCUUCAGGGUGUCUGUAUUUAUCAAAUACAAUGUAGAUGCCUUUAUAAUAUUAAAUAUGUGAUUUGUAACUCUUACUCUCCAAUUUCCAUCAAUAAAGCAUAGCUGCUAAGUUACAACUCAGGCUGGAUUAAGCAGUUUGUUUUAUUUUGUGGCUCACUAGAGUAAUUUGAAAUAAUGAAGAUUUACCAAGGAUAGAAGGCCAGAUUUUUGCAGGUGCUAUUCAGUGUCUUGUAAACAAACAUUAAUCUUUAGUGGUCAGAUAUCAUGCAAGUCCCCCCAAAUUUCUGGUGUGCAGUAGAGAUUAGCCCAGAUGUUUCUUAUCUGGGAUGGGGGUAAAGAGAGGGUGACCCUGAUGAUCAUGCUCAAGAGUGUUGUCUUUAGCUGAUCCAGUGGUUCUGACUGCCUUUGUUGCAGGCCAAUGGUAUAGCAGUUGAGCAGAUCCUUUGAAUAUGUCAGUGAAUGAACGAAUGAGAGAGUAAAAGUUGAGGAUAAAAUCAGAGAGGUGAUGGCAUGAUAAUGCUGGAGACACCUGUGUGAGAAUAUUAAUUCUGUGGGUGUAGUAUGCCAUGUCAAGGCAGCUGUUGACUCUUGGCAGAUCCUGUUAACCUGAUGUUUUUUCUUCUUUUGAGGUGAUCUUCUUAGUAGAAAUUUAAUUUUAACCUCCUUCUUAAGCUGAGGGAAAUUAAUCUAGGGUGUUAGUCACAUUUAUAAUUGUAGGGGGCAAGCAUUUUAGAAGAACUUAGUGUUUUCAAGCAUUAAAUUCUCAACCCAAGUUGUCUUCAGCAACCCAAGGUAUUAAGUCCAAAGAGCCCAGUCUCUUGGUUUCUUGUGCGCAUAGGUUUUGGGUUUCUAUUAAUGAGAGGUUCUAGAGUAAAACAGAUAUACCCUUUUGGAAACUUGCAUUAGUAACAUACAAUGAUAAUUAUUUCUUUGCCACAUUGUUGCAAAAUUUAAUUUUGCAGUGGGAAUAAAAAAUGUAUAAGAAUUCAAUUGAUAAAUACGUAUUAAUUGUUGCAUAUAUAUGUUAUAUACUGUGCUUGGCGCUGGGAAAUACAAAGAUGAGUAAAGCAGGGGCUCUUCCUUAAAUUUUAGUUUUUAAAAAACCUUUUUAUGAGCACAAAAAGCAAAACAAACACAAUUACAAAGUAAAAUGAUUAAAAGUAUAUUUGAAAUAUCAAAAUGUCAGCAGGUGAUUUUAUUUUAAAAGAUACUAUCAAAUUAUUCUAAAUUUAAAAAUUUUAAAUGGAAUUUAAAACAAUGAGAGUCGACCCGGUGCAGUGACUCAAAACGCCUGUAAUCCCAGCACUUUGGGAGUCUGAGACAGGUGGCUCACUUGAGGUCAGGAGUUUGAGACCAGCCUGGCCAACAUGGUGAAAGCCCAUCUCUACUAAAAAUACAAAACAAUUUAGCCGGGCAUGGUAGCAGGCACCUGUAAUCCCAGCUACUCGAGAGGCUGAGGCAGGAGAAUUGCCUCUGGGAGGUGGAGGUUGCAGUGAGCUGAGAUCCCUCCACUGCACUCUUCCCUGGGCUGCAAGAGUGAAACUCCAUCUCAAAAAAGAACAAAAUAGAUAGAUAGAUAGAUAGAUAGAUAGAUAAAUAAAUAAAUAAAUAAAUAAAUAAAUAAAUAAAAGAGCUAGAAAAAAGAGACUCUUAUCUUACAGAAGAAAAUGAAUUUUAAGAGCAGAUUUUCAAUGGUUAUAGUUUUCCAUCACCAGACAGAUAAUAUAUGCUGCUGUAAGAUUAUAUUGAUAGUCUUCACAGUAUUUCUCUUCAGCAUUAUCUGAUCAACACAUACAUGAAUGGAACAAUAAAACGUAAAUUUAUCAUACACUAGUUAUGCACUUUUUAAUUAUCACAAAAGUGUAAGUGUCCCCAGUUUGACUGGGGAUUUGCAGAGGUUGUUAACCAUCUCACAGUUAACAGAACUAAUAGUUUAGCAGAGCCUAGAUACAAGCCAAGCAGUCAGAUCUUUAUCCAACAUUUCCUGAGUUCAGUUAUUAUUAGCUGCCCUUUACCCCGCAAUAGGUUCUGUUUUUUUUUUUCUGCUGAGUAUGUUUUGGAAGAACCUGUAAAACUCUAAAAUAAAGGGAUACAUUAACUUUUCUUUAGACUAAUAUUGUAAAAGAAAAAAAUUAAGGAACAUUUUCAUUAAUUGUAUUUCCUAAAUCAUUUUCUAUGUAUUUUCUUUCAGGUUCUUCCUAUAUAUAUGUUUUCAGUGUAUAAAUAUAUUUGUAAUCUUAUAUUCUACAGUAUCAGACAUUUCCCAUGUUUCUAUUUUGUUUUCCAAUUAUUUUGAAUUGUUACAUACUAUACCAUUGAGUAAUUUAUCCACCUUUGCUUAUCUUCUCCUCUACUUUUGGGAUUGUUUUGGUUGUUUCAGUUUUUCAUUAUUACACAUAACAUAGUAAUGAACAUUUUCUGCUUAGAAUAUUUUUCUUUGAUUGAAUUAUUUUUGUAGGAUAAAUUUCCAGAAAAGAGUCACCCAUACUCUUGAACUUCAUAUGCUAGUUUGUGCCUGGCGGUACCUUUAUUAUGUGAAUUAGGUAGGGAGAAAUAAAAUUGCAGAAUUAAAUGUAUUCUAUUCCUUGUAAAGUCAUUUUGCAUUGUACAGUCGUUUUGCAUACAAAUGGUAGAAGGGGGUUGAGUUAUUUAUACUAUUAUUUCCAUUGGGGAAAGUAAGAAUUGGGGAGAUAUAGGCAGUAUUAAAUUAGAAGUGCUUUAACAUUAUCAGUCUUCUUCUUUGGUAUAGUCUGGCAUAUGAUUCCAGGCCCUUUAAGGAAAAUGAGAAUGGAGGAAAGAAUAGCACUGUAAUGAUAGAAGAGGUUAAGGAAUGCCUGUUAACUCUGAUGAUAAGAAUUAUGAUGGAUUCGUCAUUCAUACAGAAAGCUAGGAACUUAGCUCAGAUACAUGCAUAGUAUGAGAGACAGACUCAAAUAAAAAUACACAGGCAGUUCAUAUUAUAUGUAAGGAUAUGCAAGGAGGGAGGGAAAGCUGUUAGGGUAAGCUUGUAUGCACUGUGAAGCACCUCUGUUGUUCCUUGUGCUUCAGGUCAAUUAACUGAAGGUGCUUUGUGUCAUGAGCACUGUUUCAUUCAUCCUUUGAAUCCUAGUAUUUACAGUGUCUGACACAUAGUAGGCCCUUAAUAAUGAUAGUAAAUGUUUAUUCGCUUUAGUUGAAUUCAUAGGUGAGCUUUGAAAAGAGUGCCUAGCACAUGUGCAAUGAAAAUUGUGCUGAGAAAUUGAGCUUCUUGGGCAGAUGCACCAGUUUGGUAGGGAGAGACUUUGGUGACUUCAGUGUAUAGGUAGUUGAAUUGAAAGAUUGUCCAGGAGGAAGAGAUGGUGUUAACUGCUUUAUUGAAAUUUCUUUUGAAAACUUAGGUUCACACAAAAACCUACAUAUAAAUGUUUAUAACAGCUGUAUUAUGAUCUCCAGAAAAUGGAAGCAACUAAAGAUGUUCUUCAACAGGCAAAUGAAUAAACAAACUGUAGAAUAUUAUUCAGUAAAAAGAAAUAGGCUAUCAAACCACAAAAUGACAUGGAUGAAUCUUAAAUGCAAAUUACAAAGUGGAAGCUGGUUUUAAAAAGCUACAUUCUAUAUCAUUUCAUUAGUCUGACAUGGAAGAUGGGAAACUAAAGUAAUAGUGUAGAGAUGAGUGGUUGCCGUGAGUUCAGGAAGCAAGGAGGAUUGAAUAGGUGAAGCACAGGGAAAUUUUUAGGGGAGUGGAAUUAUUCUGUAUGAUCCUGUGGAAGAGUGGGUACAUGACAGUUGUCAAAACAUACAGAACUUUUACAGCACAAAGAAUGAAUUUUAAUGUAUGAUAAUGAAAAAAAAACUUUUAGGAGAUCCCAGGAUAGAAUUGCAGAAUGUUUUAAAACAGACUGUAUUACAGAUGUAUGAAAUAGAUGUAAUGUGGGGGGUGGCGGUGAGGAGGUUGGCUGGGUAGAAAAAGUGCUGAAUUAAGUAAAUUUGGAAAUAAGUGGAUUCUGAAAGACCAAAGGCAAUAGGACCUGCACCUGAGUAUUGUGUUCUAUUUGAUGAAGUUGUUUUUCAUGGUAGUAUAGGUUAAUAGUUCUGAUAGUGCUAUACAUGUAUACUGGAAUUGAGGAAUUAAAUAAAUGGAUGGUAGAAGCUAGAUUUCUCAUUGUUUGGGCGGGUAUUUACAGAAGAGUAACGGGAGGAGGCUAGAAUGGUCUUUGUGGUAAUGAAUUAGAGAAGGCUAUAUCAGUAAUGUGGAUACUUAAUGUGGAUACAGAAAUAUUUACAGAGAUGAAUGUAUACACAGAUUGGUAUAUACAUUAUUUUCUUGCUCUGUCUGCUGAGAGGGCCUAGAUCCAGCAGCGAUUAUACGUAGCACCUAGAUCAUGUUUUUUAAUUAACAUUCUCCAGGAGAAGGAACUAAAGCUCUUGGAGAAGUGGUCAGUUCUAGGACUGGAGUAGGAAAUACACAAAAUGAGCUUUGAACAUAUUGUAGUGCCAAAAAGUAAAGAAAUGCUUUAAAGAACCCCACAAUGAUGGGGUGUGUCAGAAGGACACAGGAGCCAACUAACUGAAGAGCUCCCAUUGGCCAAAGCUGGAAGGAACUAUUUGAGCAACAAAAUAAAAUACUAACAAGUUGUAACCUUAAGUAUAGAAUAAAUAUCCAUGAGUCCAUACUGAUAUUUGUUUAGUGACAGAUAACUAAAAGGGUGAGAAAGAGAUAAAUUUGCCAUGUAGCAUUUCAAAUUAUUUAUGUAGAUACUUUGCAAGGGGAGCCUGACUCUCUGUUCCUUAAGUGUGGGCUGUGCCUAUGACUUCCAAAGUGUGCAAAGGGAGGGAAAGUAACUUUAAGGGAGAAACCUGACAAACUCUGCCUCAGCCAGGUGAUCAAGAUUAAUAUCAGCAGUGAUAAUUCAUGUUGAUUAUAUAUACCGUUGGUGUAUGAUAUGAUGAGAAUGGCCUCUGUGAUUGUCCCCCAAUCCUAUUAAUCCAGUAUAACCAUGAGAACAAUGAGAUAAACCCAAAUUGAUGAGCACUGUACAAAAUACCUGACCAGUACUCUUCAUAAAUGUCAAGGUUAUCAAAAAGAAGGAAUAUCUGAGAAACUGUCACAGCUAAGAGGAACAUAGGAGACACAACAGUUAAAUCUAAUUGGUGGUGUCCUGGAUGAGCUCCUGGACUGGAAAAAGAACAUUAGAUAAAAACUAAGGAAAUCUAAACAAGUAUGGACCUCAGUUAAUAGGGUGUCAGUAUUGGCUCAUUAAUUGUAACAAAUCUCCCAUAGUAGUGUAAGAUGUUAAUGAUAGGGGAAAUUGGCUCCUGAGUAUAUGGGAAUUCUCUGUACUAUCCUGGCAACUUUUUUAUAAAUGUAAAACUAUUCUAAAAAAUAAAGCUUUAUAGAUUCCAUUGAUUAGAAGGAAAAUAUACACUUUUUUUAAAAAAGGAAAAUACUUCUGGGUAGCAGGUAGAAUUGCUUUUAUUUAUCCCUCUAAUGGAAUUUAAACAAAAUCUUAAAAAGUAAAAGUAAAUUCAGGUACCAAACAAACCAAAAGGCUUCCUGUGAUGAUCCUGAGAAGUUCCAAGAUGAUCUUGAUCUCAGAAUGAUACUGAUCACUUGCGAGACCCAUAGCGUCUUCCAUUAAUUAAAUAUAAAUUCCUGUAAUUCUGUUAUUGAGAAACAAACUGGAUUUUCCAUGCCCUCCAAAUAAGUUUAUGAACGAGUGAGAAGUUUUUAGAUCCUGAAUGUAUUAAUUCAUUCUCAUGCUGGUAAUAAAGACAUACCUGAGACUGGGUAAUUAAUAAAGGAAAGAGGUUUAAUAGACUCACAUUUUGCCAUGGCUGGGGAGGCCUCACAAUCAUGGCAGAAGGCAAAGGAGAAGCAGAGACACAUCUUACAUGGUGACAGGUAAAAGAGCUUUUGUAAGGGAACUCUCCUUUAUAAAACCGUCAGAUCUCUUGAGACUUACUAUCAGGAGAACACCCCAAGAAAGACCUGCCCCCAUGAUUUAGUUACCUCCCACUGGGUCACUCUCAUGACACAUAGGAAUUACAGGAGCUACAAUUCCAAGAUGACAGUUGGGUGGGGACACAGCCAAACCGUAUCACUGACUGAGUCUUGUGCCUACCUUCUGUUUAAUGCUUCUUUCUUUUUAGAAGUAGAAAUAUUCAUGAAUGAGAAAAUUAGAGGCACUGGACCUUCCUCUAAUGCCCUGAAUAAAGCUCAGAAUUCACUCUAAUCACACUUGAAGGGGAACAGGUUGAAAAAUGCAGAGUAAUUUAGAAAUGCAAGAAUGCUUGUAUGUCCUUUUGCCAAGGAGAUUUAAAAAAAUCUUCAAAAUAACUCUGACCACCUUAGUGUGGAAAGUAUUCUAACUUAUGUUUAUUCGUUCUUCUUUAAAUAAGUUACUCUCUCUUGACAUAGAGGAGGAUAGUCCCAACUUCCAAUGGAAUAAUACUCUUAAUCCCCUAGAAACAACGUUCUGUUAUUUCUGAAACUGGUUCACUGCUCUCCUCUUCACAAGUCCAUUACUACUAGUGUUUGACCUUCUGGAAGGCACAAGGUGCCCCUGAAAUCAUAGUUAGGAUGGGAACUGAAGAACUGAUGCAAAUGUAUCUUGUAAGACAGUCUGUGUUCUGUUAUAAAUGAUCUUCAUCCUGGUAUUCUUUCCUGCUCUAUUUAUUUUGCGUUCCUAGGAUCCUUGCACAGAGCAGAGCAACAUAAGCUGUAUUUUUUUUUAAUUUUUUAUUGCAUUUUAGGUUUUGGGGUACAUGUGCAGAACAUGCAAGACAGUUGCAUAGGUACACACAUGGCAUUGUGCUUUGCUUCCCUUCUCCCCUUCACCCACAUUUGGCAUUUCUUCCCAGGCUAUCCCUCCCCAGCUCCGCCCCCCCCCGCUCACCCUCCCCUUUUCCCCCCAGUAGACCCCAGUGUUUAGUACUCCCCUCCCUGUGUCCAUGUGUUCUCAUUUUUCAUCGCCCGCCUAUGAGUGAGAAUAUGUGAUAUUUCAUUUUCUGUUCUUGUGUCAAUUUGCUGAGAAUGAUUUUCUCCAGAUUCAUGCAUGUCCCUAAAAACGACACGAACUCAUCAUUUCUGAUUGCUGCAUAAUAUUUCAUGGUGUAUAUGUGCCACAUUUUCCCAAUCCAGUCUAUCAUCAGUGGGCAUUUGGGUUGAUUCCAGGUCUUUGCUAUUGUAAACAGUGCUGCAAUGAACAUUCGUGUGCAUGUGUCCUUGUAGUAGAACGAUUUAUAGUCCUUUGGAUAUAUACCCAGUAAUGGGAUUGCUGGGUCAAAUGGAAUUUCUAUUUCUAAGGCCUUGAGGAAUCGCCACACUGUCUUCCACAAUGGUUGAACUAAUUUACACUCCCACCAACAGUGUAAAAGUGUUCCUUUAUCUCCACAUCCUCUCCAGCAUCUGUUGUCUCCAGAUUUUUUAAUGAUCGCCAUUCUAACUGGCGUGAGAUGGUAUCUCAAUGUGGUUUUGAUUUGCAUCUCUCUGAUGACCAGUGAUGAUGAGCAUCCUCAUGUAUGUCUUCUUUGUCUGUUCAUAUCCUUUGCCCAUUUUUGAAUGGGCUUGUUUUUUCCUGUAAAUCUGUUUGAGUUCUUUGUAAAUUCUGGAUAUCAGCCCUUUGUCAGAUGGGUAAACUGCAAAAAUGUUUUCCCAUUCUGUUGGUUGCCAAUUCACUCUAGUGACUGUUUCUUUUGCUGUGCAGAAGCUGUGGAGUUUCAUUAGGUUCCAUUUGUCUAUUUUGGCUUUUGUUGCCAAUGCUUUUGUUGUUUUGUUCAAGAAGUCCUUGCCUACUCCUAUGUCCUGGAUGGUUUUGCCUAGAUUUUCUUCGAGGGUUUUUAUGGUGCCAGGUCUUAUAUUUAAGUCUUUAAUCCAUCUGGAGUUAAUUUUAGUGUAAGGUGUCAGGAAGGGGUCCAGUUUCUGCUUUCUGCACAUAGCUAGCCAGUUUUCCCAACACCGUUUAUUAAACAGGGAAUCCUUCCCCAUUGCUUGUUUUUGUCAGGUUUAUCAAAGAUUGUAUGGUUGUAGAUAAUGUUGUGUUGCCUCCCAUGCCUCUGUUCUGUUCCAUUGGUCUAUAUCUCUGUUUUGGUACCAGUACCAUGCUGUUUUGAUUACUGUAGCCUUGUAGUAUAGUUUGAAAUCCGGUAGUGUGGUGCCCCCCACUGUGUUCUUUUUGCUUAGAAUUGACUUGGCUAUGCGGGCUCUCUUUUGGUUCCAUAUGAAGUUCAUGGUGGUUUUUUCCAGUUCUGUGAAGAAAGUCAAUGGUAGCUUGAUGGGGAGAGCGUUGAUUCUGUAAAUUACUUUGGGCAGUAUAGCCAUUUUCACGAUAUUAGUUCUUACUAAUCAUGAACAUGGAAUGUUUCUUCAUCUGUUUGCCUCCUCUCUUAUUUCAUUGAGCAGUGGUUUGUAGUUUUCCUUGAAGAGGUUUCUUACAUUCCUUGUGAGUUGUAUUCCUAGGUAUUUUAUUCUUUGUGUAGCAAUUGUGAAUUGCAGUUUGUUCUUGAUUUGACUCUAAGUCUGUUAUUGGUGUAGAGGAAUGCUUGUGAUUUUUGCACAUUGAUUUUAUAUCCUGAGACUUUGCUUAAGUUGCUUAUCAGUUUCAGGAGUUUUUGGGCUGAGGCGAUGGGGUCUUCUAGGUAUACUAUCAUGUCGUCUGCAAAUAGAGACAAUUUGGCUUCCACCUUUCCUAUUUGAAUACCCUUUAUUUCUUUUUCUUGCCUGAUUGCUCUGGCUAGAACUUCCAAUACUAUAUUGAAUAGGAGUGGUGAAAGAGGGCAUCCUUGUCUAGUGCCGGAUUUCAAAGGGAAUGCUUCCAGUUUUUGCCCAUUCAGUAUGAUAUUGGCUGUUGGUUUGUUGUAAAUAGCUUUUAUUACUUUGAGAUACGUUCCUUUGAUACUGAGUUUAUUGAGGGUUUUUAGCAUAAAGGGCUGUUGAAUUUUGUCGAAUGCCUUCUCUGCGUCAAUUGAGAUAAUCAUGUGGUUUUUGUUUUUGGUUCUGUUUAUGUGGUGAAUUACGUUUAUAGACUUGCGUAUGUUGAACCAGCCUUGCAUCUCCGGGAUGAAUCCUACUUGAUCAUGAUGGAAAAGUUUUUUGAUUUGCUGUUCCAAUCGGCUUGCCAAUAUUUUAUUGAAGAUUUUUGCAUCUGUGUUCAUCAUGGCUAUUGGCCUGAAGUUUUCUUUUCUUGUUGGGUCUCUGCCGGGUUUUGGUAUCAGGAUGAUGUUGGUCUCAUAAAACGAUUUGGGAAGGAUUCCCUCCUUUUGAAUUAUUUGGAAUAGUUUCAGAAGGAAUGGUACCAGCUCCUCUUUGUGUGUCUGGUAGAAUUCGGCUGUGAACCCAUCUGGACCUGGGCUUUUUUUGUGUGGUAGGCUCUUAAUUGCUGCCUCGACUUCUGACCUUGUUAUUGGUCUAUUCAUAGUUUCAGCUUCCUCCUGGUUUAGGCUUGGGAGGACACAGGAGUCCAGGAAUUUAUCCAUUUCUUCCAGGUUUACUAGUUUAUGUGCAUAGAGUUGUGUGUAAUAUUCUCUGAUGAUGGUUUGAAUUUCUGUGGAAUCUGUGGUGAUUUCCCCUUUAUCAUUUUUUAUUGCAUCUAUUUGGAUGUUCUCUCUUUUCUUUUUUGUCAAUCUGGCUAGUGGUCGGUCUAUUUUGUUGAUCUUUUCAAAAAACCAGCUCUUGGAUUUAUUAAUUUUUUGAAGGGUUUUUCGUGUCUCUAUCUCCUUCAUUUCUGCUCUGAUCUUAGUUAUUUCUUGUCUUCUGCUAGGUUUUGAGUUUUUUUGAUCUUGCUCCUCUAGCUCUUUCAAUUUUGACGAUAGGGUGUCAAUUUUGGAUCUCUCCAUUCUCCUCAUAUGGGCACUUAUUGCUAUAUACUUUCCUCUAGAGACUGCUUUAAAUGUGUCCCAGAGAUUCUGGCAUGUUGUGUCUUCGUUCUCAUUGGUUUCGAAGAACUUCUUUAUUUCUGCCUUCAUUUCAUUGUUUAUCCAGUCAACAUUCAAGAGCCAGUUGUUCAGUUUCCAUGAAGCUGUGCAGUUCUGGGUUGGUUUCUGUAUUCUGAGUUCUAACUUGAUUGCACUAUGGUCUGAGAGACUGUUUGUUAUGAUUUCAGUUGUUUUGCAUUUGCUGAGGAGUGCUUUACUUCCAGUUAUGUGGUCAAUUUUAGAGUAGGUGUGAUGUGGUACUGAGAAGAAUGUAUAUUCUGUGGAUUUGGGAUGGAGAGUUCUGUAGAUGUCUAUCAGGUUUCCUUUUUCCAGGUCUGACUUCAAGCCCUGGAUAUCCUUGUUGAUUUUCUGUCUGGUUGAUCUGUCUAAUAUUGACAGUGGAGUGUUAAAGUCUCCCACUAUUAUUGCGUGGGAGUCUAAGUCUCUUUGUAAGUCAUUAAGAACUUGCCUUACGUAUCUGGGUGCUCCUGUAUUGGGUCCAUAUAUGUUUAGGAUUAUUAGCUCUUCUGGUUGUAUCGAUCCUUUUACCAUUAUGUAAUGUCCUUCUUUGUCUCUUUUGAUCUUUGUUGCUUCAACGUCUAUUUUAUCAGAGAUGAGAAUUGCAAGUCCUGCUUUCUUUGCUCUCCAUUAGCUUGGUAAAUCUUCCUCCAUCCCUUUAUUUUGAGCCUUUGUGUAUCCUUGCAUGUGAGAUGGGUUUCCUGGAUACAGCACACUGAUGGGUUUUGGUUUUUUAUCCAGUUUGUCAGUCUGUGUCUUUUGAUUGGUGCAUUUAGUCCAUUUACAUUUAGGGUUAAUGUUGUUAUGUGUGAAUUUGAUACUGCCAUUUUGAGGCUAGCUGGCUGUUUUGCCCAUUAGUUGAUGUAGAUUCUUCAUUAUGUUGAUGCUCUUUAGCAUUUCGUGUGGUUUUGGAAUGGCUGGUACUGGUUAUUCCUUUGUAUGUGUAGUGCCUCUUUCAGGAGCUUUUGUAAAGCAGGCCUGGUGGUGACAAAAUCUCUGAGUACUUGCUUGUUCGCAAAGGAUUUUAUUUUUCCUUCACUUAUGAAGCUCAGUUUGGCUGGAUAUGAAAUUCUGGGUUGAAAGUUCUUUUCUUUAAGGAUGUUGAAUAUUGGCCCCCACUCUAUUCUUGCUUGUAGAGUUUCUGCCGAGAGAUCUGCUGUGAGUCUGAUCGGCUUCCCUUUGUGGGUGACCCAACCUUUCUCUCUGGCUGCCCUUAGUAUUUUCUCCUUUAUUUCAACCCUGGUGAAUCUGACGAUUAUGUGCAUCGGGGUUGCUCUUCUUGCGGAAUAUCUUUGUAGUGUUCUCUGUAUUUUCUGCAUUUGAGUGUUGGCCUGUCUUGCUAGGUGGGGGAAAUUUUCCUGGAUAAUAUCCUGAAGAGUAUUUUCCAGCUUGGAUUCAUUUUCUUCAUCACAUUCUGGUACGCCUAUCAAAUGUAGGUUAGGUCUCUUCACAUAGUCCCACAUUUCUUGGAGACCUUGUUCAUUCCUUUUUGCGCUUUUUUCUCUAAUCUUGGUUUCUCAUUUUAUUUCAUUGAGUUGAUCUUCGACUUCUGAUAUUCUUUCUUCUGCUCGGUCAAUUCGGCUGUUCAAACUUGUGCAUGCUUCGCGAAGUUCUCGUAUUGUGUUUUUCACCUCCUUCAAUUCAUUCAUAUUCCUUUCUAAGUUAUCCAUCCUUGUUAUCAUUUCCUCGAAUCUUUUUUCAAGGUUCUUAGUUUCUUUGCAUUGAUUUAAAACAUGUUCUUUUAGCUCACAAAAGUUUCUCAUUAUCCACCUUCUGAAGUCUAAUUUUGUCGUUUUGUCACAGGCAUUCUCCGUCCAGCUUUGUUCCCUUGCUGGUGAGGAGUUUUGGUCCCUUGUAGGAGGCGAGGUGUUUUGGUUUUGGGUGUUUUCCUCCUUUUUGUGCUGGUUUCUUCCCAUCUUUGUGGAUUUAUCCACCAGUCGUCUGAGUAAUUGCUGACUUUUUGAUUGGGUCUCUGAGUGGACACCCAGAUUGUUGAUGAUGAAGUAUUUCUGUUACUUGGUUUUCCUUCUACCAGUCUAUCACCUUUACUGUAUGACUUCUGAGGUCCACUCCAGGCUCUGCUAGUCUGGGGUGCACCUGUAGCAGCUGCGGAACAGUGAGGGAUGCUACCAGUUUCUUUUUCUGCCAUCUUUGUCCCAGAAUGAUGCCUGCCAAAUGUCAGUCUUGUGGAUAUAGAGGGGUCAGGGAGCUGCUUGAGGAGACAGUCUGUACUUUAUAGGAGCUCAAGUGCUGAGCUGUGAGCUCUGUUGUUCAUUCAGGGCUGUUAAGCUGCUACGUUUUAUUCUGCUGCAGCAGAACUCAUAAACAAAAACCCUUUUUUUCUCAGAUGCUCUGUCUCGGGGGGUUGGGGCUUUCUUUAUGAGUGUCCAUUGCUCUGUCCUGCCCAGCUAGGAGGCAGUCUAGGCACUAUUUGCCUGCUGAGGCUCCACCCUGCUGGUGUGAGGUCUGCCCUUUUGCUGCAGGCUCUGCUCUGCUGCUGCGGUCUCUGCCCUGCUGCCACGGGCUACGCCCUGCGGCAGCGUCUCUCUGUUGUGGCGGGUUGCCUCAGCAACGGCAGGCUGUGUCAGCAAUGGGCGUGUACCUCAGUAGGGGCGGAUUGCCUCGGUAAUGGCAGAUGCCUCUCCCUCACCCAGCUGCACCAUCCUGGGUUCAGCUGUGCCCGCAGUGAAACUCUCCACUCGGAGCGUUUGGAAUCGCCGUUUUGUUUGUCCCACUGCGCUGGCCCAGACACCGUUUCCCUGGAAUCUCCUGGCCUGGCUCACUGUCCAAGUCCCGUUCAAUCAGAUGGAUAUGCCAAUCUGCCGUCUCAAGUCUCAGAUUGCCAGUUCAACAAGGCAUCCAGACCUGUGCGCUCUUUGCGGAGUGCUGUGAAGCACUGCUGCAAUGUAGCGCCGGCCGCCGGCUGCACCAGGCAAAACCUCUUCGCUGGUGCCCCUUGUCUCUUUUAUACCUGGGAAUUUCCCCGUUCUGUGGGCAACAAAGAUCCGUCUGGAAAUGCGGCCCUGACUCACCCUCCGCGCAUUCACCGAGAGCUUCAAUCCUGGGUUGUUCUCACCGCGCCAUCUUGAGUCCAUUUCAUAAGCUGUAUUAACAGUCUUAUCUUUUAGUGGGCUUUUGGCCAGAGGUUCAGAGCUGUAGAAUAUAGAAUUACUUUUUACUUCAUAAAAUCACAGGGUUGAUGUUAGCACUUGUUCUUUUUCAGCCAUUAAUUCAUGCCUUGGUCAUAUGUAAAUAAACUUAAUUUGUAUGAUGUAGUUGGCGGAGCGAGAUGUCUGGUUGAUUCAGCUUGGAAGAUCUUUUUCAAAACACAGACAAGCAUGUAUUCUUUUUUUUUUUUGAGACGGAGUUUUGCUUUUGUUACCCAGGGUGGAGUGCAAUGGCGGGAUCUCAGCUCACCGUUCCUCCGCCUCCUGGGUUCAGGCAAUUCUCCUGCCUCAGCCUCCUGAGUAGCUGGGAAUACAGGCACGCACCACCGUGCCCAGCUAAUUUUUUUGUAUUUUUAGUAGAGAUGGGGUUUCACCAUGUUGACCAGGAUGGUCUCGAUCUGUUGGCCUCGUGAUCCACCCGCCUCGGCCUUUCAAAGUGCUCGGAUUACAGGCUUGAGCCACCGCGCCCGGCCCAAGCAUGUAUACUUGCAUUCCCAUAGCGUCAAGCUCUUAGAGAAGGCCAGAGGAAUAAAAGUAAAGAUAAUGCUUUUUGUCCCUAGGAGUAAAGAGUAGUUGCACACAAAAGAAUUGAGUUAUGGCUGUUGGUCUGAGUUCUUCUCAUAACUUUUCUUUUAGUCUUAAAUAUUGAUAUAUUAGGUGAAUACAGAGUUUAGCAUCGUUGAACUAAGAAUUUAUUGUAUUACUCAAGAAGUAUGUGUUUUUACCAGUUAAAAUACAAUCAAAUGUGAACAUUUUAAAUUCAGACAGCCUGAGAAUUUUGUCCAAUUCAAUAAGAAGCCUGAAUUAUAGAAUACUCAAGAGAUAUUAUUUUUCUUAAGAAAAUAUACUAUAAGUAUUCAUGUGUUUAAAGCCUAUAUAAACAUAAACUUGGCUUAGUUCAGUAAUAAAUACUUGCCAACCUCUAUGAAGACAUAAUGGUUACAAAGAUGAUACCCUCAGGAAGUUUAGUUCUAAAUUAUACUAUGAUAUAUUUUUUUAACAUGGAGUUUCACUCCUGUUGCUCAGGCUGGAGUGCAGUGGUGCAAUCUUGGCUCACUGCAACCUCUACCUCUUGGGUUUAGGUGAUUCUCCUGCCUCAGCCUUGCGAGUAGCUGGUAUCAUAGACUACAUGGUUACAGAAAGAUUCUAGGCCAGUUACAUUGGCUCACACCUGUAAUCCCAGCACUUUGAGAGGCUGAGGUGGGUGGAUUGCUUGAACCCAGGAGUCUGAGACCAGGCUGGGCAAUAUGGUGAAACCCCGUCUUUACAAAAAAUCCAAAAAUUAGGCUUGCGUGGUGUUGCAUCUGUAGUCCCAGCUACUCAGAUGGCUGAGGUGGGAGAAUCACUUGAGCCCAGGUGGUGGGGGUUGCAGUUGCCACUGCACUCCAGCCCAAGUGAAAGGGUGAGACAAUGUCACCAAAAAAAAAAAAAACACAAUAAAAUUAAAAGAAAACACCCCAUGAUGGCCCACAAUUUGUUUGAUGCCACUCUAGAUCAUCCUAAAGCAAACAGCAGUCAGUAUGACACCAAGUCUCUAGAAUUUCAAGGAUUGGUUGAUAUUAUCUUCCAGUGAAUGAGAGAGCAGAUCCUAAUUUUUUUCUGCGAGCAGAUUCUCUGACUUCACCUGGGCCUUCCCUCUGCUAAGUUUUAAUUGUCUAUAUUUUCUUUUAAAAAAAGGUCAUGUACCUUCCUAACACAAGAAAAGCACUGGGGGUUAAAAAGCCACGCUUGGACACAGUAACUAUAAUUAUCAAAACCAGAAGGCCACCAGUGUUGCCUCCAUUGAUGAUCGGCAAAGAAUCUACUCCUCAUCUUUUAGGAAAAUGACAGCAGUCUUGGUUUGUUGGUUCUCUGUAUUCAGCCCCUCACAUAGAGAUCUGUUUCAAAGUAUCCACAGUUCACUUACAUCUUGACUCACUUAGAGUGACCCAAUGAGAUCUCUGCAGCCAUGGUUACAUUUUCUUUUCUUUGUGUGAAGUGAUGGCACAGCUCACUGAAUGCCAUUCUUCUACAUGCUGAACUAAAUUGCUCUCGUAAGUUUGCUUCUGACUUUGGAUGCACAAAGUGUAGGCCUGAAAUGAAAGCUAUUCCUGGGAUGCACUGAUCAAAUAAACUGCUGUAGCAGUCUACUCCCUCUCUACUAUACCACUGUGUUUUAAUUUAGUUUGUAAUAAUGAAAACAUCUUAUAUAUUAUAUUUUAUUUAUAUAUGCAAUUAAUGAAAUUUGAGUAUAUGAACCUUUAGUAUUAAAAACCAUCCAGAUUCGAUUUUUAAAAAUUUUUUUGAGACAUUGCCUCCUCACUUUGCCACCCAGGCUGGAAUGCAUCAGCAUGAUCUCAGCUCACUGCAGCCUCCACCUCCUGGGCUCAAGCAAUCCUUCCAUCUCAGCCUCCCGAGUAGCUGGAACUACAGGCAUGCAUCACCAUGCCCAGCUAAUUUUUGUGGGUUUUUUUUUUUUUUUUUUUUUUUUUAAGAAAUGGGGUUUUGCAUUGUUUACCAGGCUGGUCUUGAACUCCUGAGCUCAAGCAAUCUGUCCGCCUUGGCCUCCUAAAGUGCUGAGAUUAUAGGCGUGAGCUACAGCACCUGGCUGGUCCAGAAUCUUAACAUUGCUCUUUGUGUAUCUUUUUCAUUCUGCCUUCAGGGAGCCAGCCUUUCAUUCGCUGCUUAUUACUGUGGGUUUGCUCUAACCUGCUGCCAUCAUCAUCUUUCGUCUGAAUGAAAAAACUCGCUUAUUUUUUCUUGAUGACUCUGAUAUUGUUUGAGGGGCGACUCAACUUUUCUUUCUCUCAGCUUUUCUCAUUAAUGUUGUUAUAUUUCAUAUCAGACUGAAGGAUGGUCAAGUCUCAUUAUCAAGCUUUCCAGUGUCAGCUUUCUAGCUUUUACAGUAGUCCCUUGGAGGAUUUUUGGAGUCCUACAUUUAAAAAAUUUAGUCACAUGGGGUUUGGUGUAGAAUAUGCAGAGAGAGGCCAUUGGAAGGGAUUCCAGUUUGUAUUGCAGAACUUGGAUAUACUCAGGUUGAGAUCUUGUGAUUGUCAGAAACUUUUAUGUAUUUUGAAGGUGAUUUCUGAUAGUACAUAUUUGGUAGAUCUUACCAAGAAGGCAUUUGAUUUCCAACAGUUUCCUCAUAGCAUUAUAUUGCCUGCCUUGGUGAUAUGGUCAGUGUUCCUCCUCUGUAGGAUUUUUAUUUCUUUUUAAUUCUUCUUUUCUUUUUUCUUUAUUUCCUUACCCCCUCUUCCUCUCCCCCUUUCCCUGCCCCCCCCAAUCCCUUCUUAGGACAGCAGUGUCCUGAUAAGAGGCAACACACUUGGUAAUGCUAAAGCUUUUUGCACACAUGCGCGCAUGCGCGCGCACACACACACACACACACACAC